CGCCGUCCCGCCCCGCGCCGCGCUGCGGGCCCGACUCUCCUAUUUCCACUUGCGCUCAGCCGCGCUGUCACUUCCGUCUCUGACUGGAGCCCGAGGACGAGGGAGGGUCUCCGACUGUAGGCACUGCCAUGGCCCGGGUGCUUAGCAAGGACGCGGCGGACAUCGAGAGCAUUCUGGCCUUAAAUCCUCGAAUCCAAACUCAUGCUACCCUGCGUUCGACUUCGGCCAAGAAGUUUGACAAGAAACAUUGGAAGAGAAACCCUGAUAAGAACUGCUUUAAUUGUGAAAAGCUGGAGAAUAAUUUUGAUGACAUCAAGCACACGACUCUUGGUGAGCGAGGAGCUCUGCGAGAAGCAAUGAGAUGCCUGAAAUGUGCAGAUGCCCCCUGUCAGAAGAGCUGUCCAACUAAUCUAGACAUUAAAUCAUUCAUCACAAGUAUUGCAAACAAGAACUAUUAUGGAGCUGCUAAGAUGAUUUUUUCUGACAACCCACUUGGUCUGACUUGUGGAAUGGUGUGUCCAACCUCUGAUCUUUGUGUAGGUGGAUGCAAUUUAUACGCCACUGAAGAGGGACCAAUUAAUAUUGGUGGUUUGCAGCAGUUUGCUACUGAGGUUUUCAAAGCAAUGAAUAUCCCACAGAUCAGAAAUCCUUCUCUGCCUCCACCUGAAAGAAUGCCUGAAGCCUAUUCUGCAAAGAUCGCUCUUUUGGGUGCUGGUCCUGCAAGUAUAAGUUGUGCUUCUUUUUUGGCUCGAUUAGGAUACUCUGACAUCACUAUAUUUGAAAAACAAGAAUAUGUCGGUGGUUUAAGUACCUCUGAAAUCCCUCAGUUCCGGCUGCCAUAUGAGGUAGUGAAUUUUGAGAUCGAGCUAAUGAAGGACCUCGGUGUAAAGGUAGUUUGUGGUAAAAGCCUUUCUGUAAAUGAAAUGACUCUUCAAACUUUGAAAGAAGAUGGCUACAAAGCUGUUUUCAUUGGAAUAGGCAGAGUGGACAGUGAGAGAGAGACAGAGAGAGAAAGGUCUUCCUUUGCCGCUGGUUCACCCUCCGAUGGCCGCCGCUGCAGCCGGCGCACCGCGCUGAUCCUGGCAGGAGCCAGGAGCCAGGUGCUUUUCCUGGUCUCCCAUGGGGUGCAGGGCCCAAGCACCUGGGCCAUCCUCCACUGCACUCCCUGGCCAUAGCAGAGAGCUGGCCUGGAAGAGGGGCAACCGGGACAGAAUCCGGCGCCCCAACCGGGACUAGAACCCGGUGUGCCGGCGCCGCAAGGUGGAGGAUUAGCCUAUUGAGCCACGGCGCCGGCUCAAUAUUUCAGGUUUCUGUGAAGUUCAAAAGCAUAUGCUGCUAUCUGCCUCAGUGAUUUUUCAGGAAUAAUUCUAAUUAUCCAAUUUUUGUGGUUAGAUAAUCUAAAGUGUAGAUUCUGAGAAGAAUGUAGGAAACAGCUAGUCUCCAAAAUUAACUUUUAGUUAUAUAAUAAAUAUAUUUUGAAUUGCAAUAUGUUACUGAUAUUGAUAUCAGUUUUCAGAUACGAUCUGAAAAUGAAAAUUGCAACUCCUGUGAUUCCUUGUUGGGGAACCAUAUUUUGUGUCUACAAUAACAUAAAUGGUUGUUCAUUUAUACACAAUGCAUUAAAAAUAACACUAGUUACUUAAUAAGUACUGAUAAGAGUAUGUAUUAUCACUGGUUGACUCAACAUUGCCAGAAAUUUGGAUAAAUAUCACAUAAGCCCAUAUAAAAUUAAGAACUGUAAAAUUCUCAAGAGUGAGGCUACACAUGGGCAAGACUACAUAUGUUAGAAUUUGGAAAUUUAAUGUAAAAAUUAAAAUUUUUGUUUAAAUUUUAUUUGGAAUUUUUAGUAAACAAUAUCUACAGCACACUAUAACUGAUUUUGUUUGCCCUAUGCUUUGUGUAGUAGUGCUCUGUUUGGACAGUGAGAGUAAUAAAGAAUGUAAUCAUGCAUGCAGCAAGUUAAAGAAAUUACAAUUGAAUUUAGAAUCAACUCAAAUUGAUUCUCACAAUGUGAACCUAAAAAUGAAAGUGAUGCAUAGAAAUUGAUUUCUAGUUCCUAUCAGUCCUUCGAAGACUGGAUAAAGAAAUUAUGGGAUAUGUAUACCAUGAAAUACUACACAGCUAUAAAAAAAAAUGAAAUCCUGGCAUUUGCAACAAAAUGGAUGCAACUGGAAAACAUUAUACUUAGUGAAAUAAGCCAGUCCCAAAAGGACAAAUACUGUGUGUUCUCUGUGAUCUGCAGUGAAAUUGACACUUUGAGACACAAUGAAUUUGAGCAGGCCUUAUCUCAACUGUUGAGGAAUCUUUUUUUUUUUUUCUUCAUAUUAUUUGUUGAACUCUUUAUUUAGUAUAGGGUGAAUGUUAUGGAUAUAAAGUUAAUUGAAAAAUAUAUCUUAGUAAAAAAUAAGAGUGGGAAUAGGAGAGGGAUGAAGAAGAGGGAGGGAGUGCAGUGGGAGGGAAGUGCAGAUAGAGUGGAAAGUGUUAACGGUAGCAGAGAGUGGAGGCAGGAGUGAGUUUUGUGGGUUCUUUUCCUCAGCUUUGUAUAGAAAUAAAAGGCUGGGAAACAAUUUGUAAAGAGACAGAAGUUCUUAUUUGACAGAAAAGAAACUUUGUUUGAUUGGCAAGUGACAGAAAAAGCAUCUGGUCCCAGAGGAGACCAUGUGGAAUGGCCGAGCUGGACACUGGCUUUAAGGAAGUGUCCUGGGUUUUUAAGGCAUUACUCCAUUGGAUCAUUUAUUAGGGGUGUCCAUUGGGUAUGAGUUUGUCACUUACGUAUGUUGAUUGGCUUGCGGCUCAUGGAGAUAGCAAGGGUCUCCUAGAGAUGGUCUUUCUCCCACUUAGGGGUUCAGCCCCCUCCUCUGCCAACUCUGGGUGAAAGAUUACAACCAACCUACAGGUGUGUUUUAAAGCCACAAAGUAGCACAAGUAAGCCUGGAUCUCCUGGAGCCAGUCUAAUUCUCCCCUGGGGCUCAGCCUCUUCUGCCAGCUCUGGGUGAAAGAUUGCAUCCACCUUGAAGGUGUGAUUUAAAGUCACAAGGUCACACGUGCAGCACAAGAAGCUGUUAGAGGGGAGAUGCCAGUGGGUCUCUGGUCAGUCUGGAGACAGGCUUUCCAGUCACAGAUGACAGCUUGCUUGUGAAGGACCAUCUACCUGUGUCUGAGGGGCCCACAGACACCCGGCACCACUGGACGAACUCAGGAAGAAUCACUGUGUUCCUAAAUUUCUAUUUAUGAAAUAUAUGACGUUUGUAUACCUUAAAUAAAAGGUAAAGAAAAGUAAAAAAAAAUAAUUUUAAAAAACAGAAAAUGUCCUAAGUAUUAAGGUAGACAAGAUAGAGGUUUCACAUUUACCAAUAAUAAUUCUUACUUUUAAAAUUAAUUUACUGAGGCUUCCCUCUUAAAAAUGGCAGACCAAAUAUAGGACUGUCCUUCCAUGGUGUGCUAGAUUGUCACAAAACUGAAAGCAACAGAAUUUGUUAAAUGUCAGAAGUCAAAAGGAAAACAAAAGUAUCAAGAAGGAGAAGCAACACCAAAAGCUGCAAAUCUGAAAAGAUGGCCCCAGAAAGCUGCACCCUAAAGCAGACCAGUGAAGUACCAGACGGUGCACUACUUGAACUUACUUCAAGUUUGAGGAUUGGUAAUACAAGGUAGCUGCGGAAAUGGGGAGGAAAAACAUGGCUGAAAACUGAAGAAUUCAUCAAGUGUCUGUUGAAAAGUAAUUAGAUCACAGGCAUUUUAGCCAGAUCCGAAUGCCUUAAGGGCUGAUUCUGAGGCCAGAGUGCUAUUUAGGUCAUCUGCCAUUUCAUGAGUCUGCUGUGUAUCCCACUUCCCAUGUUGGAUCAUUCUCUCCUUUUAAUUCUAUCAGUAUUAGCAGACACUAGUCUUGUUUAUGUGAUCCCUUUGACACUUAAUCCUAUCAUGAUCAAUUGUGAACUGAAACUGAUCACUUUGACUAGUGAGAUGGCAUUGGUACAUGCCACCUUGUUGGGAUUGAACUGGAAUCCUCUGGUAUGUUUCUAACUCUACCAUUUGGGGCAAGUCCGAUUGAGCAUGUGCCAAACUGUACAUCUCCUCCCUCUCUCAUUCCCACUCUCACAUAUAUAUUCCCAUUUCCAUAGUGGCUUUACCAGUUUGCAUUCCCACCAACAGUGGGUUAGUGUCCCUUUUUCCCCCACAUCAUCGCCAGCAUCUAUUGUUGGUAAAUUUCUGUAUGUGAGCCAUUCUAACUGGGGUGAGGUGAAACCUCAUCAUGAUUUUGAUUUGCAUUUCCCUGAUUGCUAGUGAUCCUGAACAUUUUUCCAUGUGUCUGUUUGCUAUUUGGAUUUCCUCUUUUGAAAAAUGUCUACAUAGGUCCUUGGUCCAUCUCUUAAGUGGGUUGUUUGUUCUGUGGUUGGGGGGUUUCUUGAUCUCUUUGUAGAUUCUGGUUAUUAAUCCUUUAUCUGUUGCAUAGUUUGCAAAUAUUUUUUUCCCAUUUUGUUGUUUGCCUCUUCACUUUACUGACUGUUUAUUUUGCAGCCCUUAAGGCAUUCAGAUCUGGCUAAAAAGCCCAUGAGAGUAUUUUAGGCAUGGAAAGCCAAGACACUCUGGCAAAAAACAAAUAAAUAAAUAAAUAAAUAAAAAUAAAUAAAAAAGACCUAAAUGAAAGAUCUCUGUGAGUGAGAUCCCAGAGGAAAAAACAGGCCAUCAAAGAAGGAGGUACCUUUCUCUGAAGGGAGGAGAGAACUUCCAUUUUGACUAUGACCUUGUCUAAAUAAGAUCGAUGUCCGCAAACUCAAAAGGCUUCCAUAGCCUUAGCAACUCAUGACAAGAGCCUCAGGUGAUUACUGAUGCCAUAAACAAGAGUGUCAAAUUGUUAAAUCAACAACAGGAGUCACUGUGCACUUACUCCCCAUGCAGGAUCUCUAUCCUUAAUGUGUUGUUCAAUGUGAAUUAAUGCUAUAACUAGUACUCAAACAGUACUUUACACUUUGUGUUUGUGUGUGAGUGCAUACUGUUGAAAUUUUUACUUAGUAUAUACUAAAUUGAUCUUCUGUAUAUAAAGAUAAUUGAAAAUGAAUCUUAAUAUUAAUGGGAUGGGAGAGGGAGCCUGUGGGAGGGAAGUUAUGGGGGGGAGGGAACCACUGUAAUGCAAAAUCUGUACUUUGGAAAUUUAUAUUUAUUAAAUAAAAGUAAAAAAAAAAGGUAAUUAGAUCACUUUCUUUUUUCAUUUACCUUGAGCAGCAUGGAAACUCCCUUGUUUAGUGGAGAGAACAAGUCCAGUGUCUACAAGGGAGACACAGUGCAGAAGAGAACUCUGUUUGAAAGCAGAUUAAGUGAAUUUCUACCCAUUACAAAUUGCCUUUCUCACUGAGUACCCAGAGCAGCUGUUCUAUAGGUAGAAUAUGACAGUUGGGCAUGGUCAUUUAUUGCUUGUUUUGUUAAGACUUGUAAGGAGAUCAAUAGCUACUAGAAAAUGGUACAUCUAGAUUUAUAAUAAAAAUGGAAAUACGACAAAGUCAGAGCUCAAGAGAUACUGCUAUCUUGGAAACGUCACUGUAAUCUUCAAAGCCCUCAUUCUUGAGGAAGAAAUAAUGGUGUUUUUAAACAAUUGUCUCAUAAAUAAUAAAAUGGAAAACAUGCCAUUCAAUUUAGUUUCCCAGGCAUGGUAACUUCUUCUUAGCCCUAUUUUUCACUUAAUGAUAGCCAGGCAACUCAAAACAAAACAAAAAAACAUCUUAAAGUCACAAAGUCAUGGGGCCGGCACUGUGGCUCACAUGGUUAAUCCUCUGCCUGCGGCGCUGGUAUCCCAUUUGGGCGCCAGUUCUAGUCUUUGUUGCUCCUCUUCCAGUCCAGCUCUCUGCUGUGGCCUGGAAGGGCAGUGGAGGAUGGCCCAAGUGCUUGGACCCCUGUACCCGCAUGGGAGACCAGGAGGAGGCACCUGGCUCCUGGCUUUAGAUCGGCGCAGCGCCGGCCUUGGCAGCCAUUUGGGGAGUGGACCAACGGAAGGAAGGCCUUUCUCACUGUCUCUCACUGUCUAUAACUCUACCUGUCAAAUAAUAAUAAUAAAAAAAAAGUCAUUAUCCCCAUUUAAUCAGCUCACAAAAUAUUAUAUCAAUGAUGUAAAUUUUUAGAAUUUUGUUUUUCAGAGGGGAUGAGAAUUCCAGUGCUUUGUGUACUUAUAUAUGUGUUUUGGACUAGUCUGAGUGCUUCUGCUAUAAAACACUGCUUUUAAGUAUUUUAACUUUUCUUAUCAGGUCGCCAAAGUUUUAUUUUCCUUGUCUAAGCUGAAUCUUAAGAAGCAACUUGUUGAAGCAAAAAUGAAACAUAGUUAAGAAACUCCAUGAGAUGACCUCUGUCACUUUGGAUCUGGGGUGCUGAAUGUGUUUCUGCAGGCAACACUGAAGUAACUUAUGAAAACGUCUGUGGGCUGAGAUGGCAGUCAGAAUGUGUCUCGGUCUAUUUGAGACUUAACAGAGUGGGAGAGCUAAGCUUCAAUAAAUCUGCUUUAGCCUCUAAGGAAGAGGAAAUGCAUAUUUCUUUUUGUGAAAAAGCUGUACAGUAAUUCAAAAAAAUCAAAUCUCUAACACUUCAUUGUGAGAUCAUGUAGAAUUUUGUUUAUUUUCAAAAUGCCUUAUUAAUGAAUUGUCAAGAUUUAAUUUUAUUUCAUUUUAUUGUUCAACUAUGAGGGGACUUCAAAAAUUCAUGGAAAAUGGAAUUAAAAGAAGUUAAUUGUUGUACAUAACUAUUUUUUAAAUUCAUGCAUUGUUUUUAUCAUGAUACACAUUUCCCAUGAAUUUUUUUGAAGACUCCUUGUGUGUUUGCAUGUAUUCAAGUAGAUCACAAUUGACAGAAAAUAUAUCUUCUAUGGUAGCCCAUAUUUUAUUAUUGUCAGAAUUUAAUGUGUUAUUCUAUUUUUUAAAAGAUUUGUUUAUUUAUUUGAAAGGCAGAAUUAAAGGAGAGGCAAAGACAUCUUCCACCUGAUGGUUACCUCCCCAAAUAGCUGCAAUAGCCAGGGUUGGCCCAGGGUGAAGCCGGAUGCUUCAUCCAGGUCUCCUGCAUGGGUUCAGGGGCCCAGGUCCUUGGGCCAUCAUCUGCUGCUUUCACAGGUAUAUUAACAAGGAGCUGGAUCAGAAGUGCAGUUGGGACAUGAACCAGUACUCAUAUGGAAUGCUGGCAUCACAGGCAAUGACUUACUAACCUGUUGUGUCACAAUCAUUUUAUAGAAGAUAUUUCUUUUUCUUUUCUUUUUUUUUUUUUUUUUUUUUUUUUUUUUUGACAGAGUUAGACAGUGAGAGAGAGAGAGAAAGGUCUUCCUUUUUUCCAUUAGUUCACCCCCCAAAUGGCCGCUAUAGCCGGUUCUGUUGCUUCCUCCUGGUCUCCCUUCACUAGUCACUGAGGAUUCAAUAAUGAAUUUAAGCAUAGUCUUCUCAGAGAAGCUCAUUGUUUUUAAAGGGAAAAAAAUUGAGCAUUUAGCCUAGUGUUUAAAAUAUCCAUGUUCUUCAGCCAGCGCUGCGGCUCAAUAGGCUAAUCCUCCGCCUGCGGCGCCGGCACACCGGGUUCUAGUCCCGGUCGGGGUGCUGGAUUCUGUCCCGGUUGCCCCUCUUCCAGGCCAGCUCUCUGUUGUGGCCAGGGAGUGCAGUGGAGGAUGGCCCAAGUGCUUGGGCCCUGCACCCCAUGGGAGACCAGGAGAAGCACCUGGCUCCUGCCUUCGGAUCAGUGCGGUGCGCCGGCCGCGGCGGCCAUUGGAGGGUGAACCAACGGCAAAGGAAGCCCUUUCUCUCUGUCUCUCUCUCUCUCUCUGUCCACUCUGCCUGUCAAAAAAAAAAAAAAAUCCAUGUGCCAUAUCAAAGUGCGUGGGUUUGAUUCUCAGCUUCAGCGUCUGACUCUAAUUUUCUGCUAACACAGACCCUGGGAGGCAGUAGUGAUGUCUCAAGUGACUGGCUUCCUGUCACCAAGGUGGUAAACCUGGCUUUUGGUUCUAGCCCUAGACUAGCCCUGCCAUUGUGAGCAUGUGGAAAGCCAGCCCACAGAUGAAUGCUGUGCUUCUUUGUUUCUGUCUAAUAAUUUUUUAAAUAACUAUAUGAAAGUACAAAAGCAGAACAAAGCUCCUGGUCUCCCAUGUGGGUGCAAGGCCCAAGCACUUGGGCCAUCCUCCACUGCCCUCCUGGGCCAUAGCAGAGAGCUGGACUGGAAGAGGAGCAAACAGGACAGAACCGGCAUCCCGACCUGGACUAGAACCUGGGGUGCCAGCACUGCAGGCAGAGGAUUAGCCUAUUGAGCCGUGGCGCCGGCUAAGUCAGGUCAAAUUUUGAAGUGAAUGUUGACUUUGAGUCCUUACGGUUCAAGAUUUGUUAGUCAAAAGAGGAUGAAUAACAUGAGAUUGAUUCUUUGAAAAAGAAAAUGAGUGCUUGCUGAAAUUGUAUUUUCCAAUAUGUAUGUGAUUGGGCUUUCUUAAGGCAAUAAAGGAAUCCACUUUCUAUCAGUUGCCUUUAGGAUGUUAAUAGGGUGACCCUAAUGACUAAUAAUCCAUAAGCUAAACUAUGAUUUUAGUGAUAGAAGUUGAUCCAUUUCCUACAAAAUAUUUCAUUAGAAAAGAAAAAGUAUUGAGAAACAUUUCAUAGCUGCUCUUUUAUUCUAUUAUCUUUCUUAAAGAAAAUAGAUUUAAAAUUUACAGUAGAUAAAUUAUCCCUCAUUGUCUUUUGAAAUGAUUUUAAUAGCUUAAGCCAAAUAUUAAAAAUAAAUCUGUGCAUCUGUAUUCUAGAAUUUGAUGGAUUAGAUAUAUUCAUGGAAACAGGGCCUACAUUAUAAAUAUAUCAUUAUUGUGGACCUAAUUUUGAAUGGCUAUUAUGACUGGAUUUAUUUGGCAUUCUAGAAAUAUAGUUUGAUUUAACUCAGGAUGAAACAAUAUGGAAUUGAGAAAAUAUAAUACCAUUUAGAAUUUUUGCUGCAAGAUCCAUUACACCACAGGAGGUUUCACAUUUCUAAAAUGCAAGCACUGAGUACUGUGGGGUCAGGGACUAACCAGUGAAUGAAAGUCAGAACUCAAAAUGAAGUGCCUUUUCUGUUUAACACUGGGCACUGAUAGAAACUGAUAAUGUUUGAUUAAUGAACGGCAGCCUUGCAGAGGGUGAAAACAUCUGCAAGAAGUGAUUUAUUAUUUCAAAGGUAUUGGAAGCUUGCGGUAUCUUGCCGAUUUAAGUAUGUGUGCCUGAAUAAAAUAAAUGAGAUGCAACAUGUGAAAAAUGAAAACACAUUACUUGUAAAGAAUGUGUCACAAGCAGGGUAUUUUUGUUCAAGUACACUUUGUCAUGGGGAUUUUUAAUGCUGUUCUGAAUACAAAUCAUUUAGCUGGUUCAUAAAAUCGCCUCAGUUGGAAUUCUUGCAUCUAUCAUCCAAGACAUAAAUGAGGGUUAAACUUAAUGUGGUGUAACAUAUCUUAAAUGUUCAAAUUUUGUAUCAUAUACAACUAUUAAAAUUGCACAUAUGUUUUAUGUAUAAAUAUGAAUAAAUUGUAGAUACUUAAGACAACAAUGCCCAAGCAGAAAAAAGGUUUGAGGUCUUAAUUGAACACUCAUCACAUACUCAGGGUUAAGGCUUUUCACUGCAACUAUUAUGGCCAGAUAUUUGAAUAUUAUAAUUUUAUGAUUGAAUAGUUUUUAGUUAGAUGGCAUGUUAUGUGAUAAAUAAUGAAAUCUGUCAGUAGUACUAUUCUAUGUAGUAGUAUUCAGUCUCUAAUGUGUUUAUGAGUAUGGAUGUAUACCUUGAAUUAUCCACUGUUGCUUAGGGAAAAAUCAUACCUCAUUUAUAAAUGUAUUUGCCAUGUGUUUCACAAAAAAAAAUUUCAAAAAGUUUUUGGAAAAUUGAAUUAAAACUUUAUUUUGGGGUAAAAAUUUUAAGAUCCAUGCAUAGUUUUUGUUAACAUGCUUUUCCCAUGAACUUUUCAAAAUCCCUAAUGGAUAAUUAUUAACAGAUAAGGAAAUAGCUUCCAAAAUUCUUUCAGGGUACAAGUAUCCUGAUGAUCAUCACAUUGCAUAUGUGCAAAAAUAUGGAGAAUAUACGUGGAUCAAUCUUCAGGAGCCUUUUGCCAAAAGUACUACUAAUUCCUUCUUUUGUGGUUUAUAAGAUAUAGCUACAUGUUUAACUCACCCCUAAAAGUCACUUUUGCAAUGUGGGAUGUUAAAAUAUUAGCAAGCAACUAUUCAGGUCAACAAGAUAUAGUAAAAAAUACCACCAUCAUAGACAAACUAAAUUAUAUGAAAGUAAACAUGUUAAUUUUUUAAUUAUGAAACUUUAUCAUUGCAUAUGUACUUGCCAAUAAAUUAGAAACUGAACUGUGCAAGGUUGCAGCCCUUUUGACCAUUAUAGCUUUAGAACUAAGCAUAAACUAAAUCCUUAUUAAAUGGUUUGCUGAAUGAAUGAAUAAAUUAAGAGAUUAGAAAAGGAAAUAGUGGCCAGCGCUGUGGCAUAGCAGGGAAAGCCACUGCUUGCAGUACCAGCGUACCAUCAGGGGCCAGUUCCUGGGAAAGCACUAGAAGAUGGCUCAAAUCCUUGGACUCCUGUACCCACGUGGGAGACCUGGAAGAGGCUCCUGGCUCCUGGCUUCUGAUUGGUGCAGCUCUGGCUGCUGUGGCCAUCUGGGGAGUGAACCAUCGGAUGGAAGACCUCUCUCUCUGCCUCUGCCUUUCUGUAACUCUGCUUUUCAAAUAAAUAAAUCUUUUAAAAAAGAAAAGAAAAUAUUAUUUAUGGUGAUUGUAUUCAUUCAUCUAACUGAGGAUUGAAGUACCUAUGCUAGGAUGCUUGUGGAAAUGAAUGGUAAAGGAAAUAGGUAUAGUCCCUGCUCUCAAGGAGCAGUUAGACUGGAGGGAGACAGCUAUAAGAUAUUUCACACUUUUUAUAAUUAAACAUUUUGGAAAAUGAUCAAAAGCAGAAGUGUACAGCGUUUGGAGCCUGCAUUCUGAGGGCUCUUCCCCUGAAGAGGAGAGGGUAGGUUGGUCGUGCAAGCUGAGAGUAGAAGGAACAAAGCCUGCAGGCCCAGGCCAGAAGUCUGGAUAUCUAGGCUGGGUUAGUGAAAUGACUGGAUUUGCUGUCAAAGCAGUCAUUCUCAGCUCAGUGAGGCAAGAAUAGAGGUAGCAAAGGGACUGUUAGGAACAGGAAAUGAUGACGCUGCUCCUACCCUACUGAGGAUAACGGAUCUCUGCCUUUUAUCUCUGUCUUUUAUCUCAGCCUUACCUUGAUUUCCAGUUUCUCCAUUUUCUUCCAGAGUGGUCAUGGCCUAAAAAUGAGGAUAAUUCAUCAUUACUUCCUGGAGCUCUAUACUCAUUCUUCCUUUUUUUUUUUUUUUUUUUUUAGGAUUUAUUUGUUUAUUUAGGAGGCAUAGUUACAGACAGAGUGAGAGACAGAGAGAAGUCUUCAUCUGCUGGUUCAUUCCCUAAAUGGCCUCAAUGACGGGAGUUGGACUGAUCUUAAGCCAGGAGCCAAGAGCUUUUUCUGGGUUCUCCCACUUGGGCCAUCUCCCUCUGCUUUCCCAGGCAUUAGCACAGAACUGGAUUGGAAGAGGAGCAGCCGGACAUGAACUGGCAUGCAUAUGGGAUGCUGACACCGCAGGAUGCAUGCCACAGCACUGACUCCCAUACUCAUCCUUCUUAUAUUUAACUUAGAAAUAUUUAAGUCUUAACUGUCAUUUAAAUUGAAUACAGUGUUGUUUGUCUGGAAUAAGACAACUACAGUAAGAUUUUCUUAUAUUUUCAGAUAUUUGACUACCCAAUAUAAAAAUACAUCAUUUUCUUCUUAUCAAAUAUUAAUACAUUGUUAAUUGAGCAGGCUUAAUGUAUUGAUUAUUAUUUCCAGCCACAGAACUAUUCAAAUUAGAAAGUGAAACAUAUUUUAAGAAACUUAUUCAUGAGCAGACAGAAUUAUAACUAGAACAUGAGGUAUGAAGAAGAUUUAAUAACACAUUCAUAGAAUUUCUACAGCUCUUCUAUAUUUUAAAAUUUGCUAACCUCCACAGUGAAGACUAUUUGCUUUAUCAUUUUUGCUAUCAUAUAAAUCUAGUUUUUAAUGUGGGAAUGAACUUGAUCACCUUCUUGAGAGCUCCUUAUGUAGCUGAAUAUCAUUAAGUUGACUUUUAGUAUUUACUAAUCCAGGAUGAAUAAUUAUAGUUUUAAUUAAUUAAAGACUAAAAAUUGCUUCCUUAAUUAAACUGAAAUGUGUAGGCAAACAUAAGAAAAUGUAAACCUUCUAGAUUUAAAAAUUUGCUGGAACUCCUUGCUAAGUUGUUAAAUAUGAAUAUACCUUUUCAAUUAUAACAUCAAAGAACAUGCAGAGAUUUGUUCUUUACAAUGAUGUAUGUAUAGUAUAUGUAAAACAAAACUAAAAUCUGAGACAUACUCAGUACAAAUCAAGUAAGGAUUCCCAGUAAAUAUGAGGGAACUGUUUUCUUGCUCUUUCUAUCUUUAAACUGGAUUUGCAAUCCUUGACAAGUAGCACCAUUUCUGGAUCCUAAACAUUGGGUUACUGAUUAAAUGAUGAAAAGAAAUGGGAGUUUUCAUCUUCCAUAAAAUUGAUAGUGGUUUUGAUGUCUUAUAUGUCAUUGACAGACCGUUUGUCCUUACUUGGGUCCUUCAUAAGAAAGCAAAUAUUAACAAAUCACACCUUCAGAUGAUUUUUUUCCUCAAUUUUGUACUUUUAAUUUAGUAUAGUGGAGACAUUUUUUAGUCUAGCUUUGAGGAUAAAAGGUAGCACUUAGUGAUUGAUACAGCUAGAACUAAUUGCCAGUACUGAGAGAUAUUCAUGAUGGGUAAAAUUUGACAAUUUAUACUUUCAGUAGGACUUCUGUCCGAAGCAAAGACCUAGAAUAAUAAAGAAAAGAGCCACACUGUGUUAUUUUUGGUGAAGUGUGAAAGAAAUGAAUGUGCAAAGGAUGCCUCUUUGCAUUUAAGAGAUCUAGAUUAAAAAGUGAUUGCGGGCAGUGAGUAUCAAAUAAAUAUAUUAAAUAACUAUUUAAAUAAUAUCCUAAGCUGUCACUAUAUAACAGUAUUGUGAACUAAAUGUUAUUGGGUUUGAAGACAACAUCUAGAGUGACAGCCCAUGGAAUCAUUAUAUACUAAUGAACACAUAUUGUCUGUCUAUGGAAGGGGGAGAGAAAUUAUACGUUGUAGGCCAGUUAUGUUAUAAACACAAAAGCAAAGUCCAGAAAAUAUUAGGAAAUGGAGAGUAAAAAAUGAAAGAUGAUGUAAUAGUUGAAAUAUAAACCAGAAUAUAAAGUAUGUUCUACUCUAACAGGUAUUGUCUGUGAACAAAAAUGUAUAAAAAAGACCAUUUGGAAAGAAUAGUUAGAAUAAAAAAUUUCCCAAGAGACCUUUGAAUUUGAAUUUGCCUGUCCUUGUAUAACACACUAUCCCAAAACUAAAGGCUUGAAACAAUGACCAUUUAGUUGCUAAUGGCUUUGUGGGAUAUCUGUUUGUUCUGGGUAAAGUUGGAAAGUUCUGCUGUACCUAACAUCAACUGAUGUUAUAUGCAUUGUGUUAUUGAUGGAUUGGCCUGGGCUGAUUGGCCCAGGAUGGACUUAUUCACAUAUCUUAGGACUCAAUAGGAAAAACUAGGUGUAUGUGUAUCUCUGUCUCUGUCUCUGUCUCUGUCUCCAUCUGGUCUCUCUCUUCACAUGGAGUCUCAUUCUCCUAUCCUCAAGGAGGUUAGUUCAGGCCUGAUCACAAGUGGCAUUAUUCCAUGAGAAUGUAUAAGCUUCAGUGACUAUUGCACCCAAAACUUGGAGGCCAUACAAUAUUAUUCUCAUCUUAUUAUGUUGAUUGAAGCAUUACCCAUGCAAUCCUGCAUUCACUGGACAAAUAAUAGACUCUACAUCUUAAAGUCAUCUUCAAAGAGACUUGUAUAUUGUGAUGGGAGGAAUUCUUUUGGCUGUCCUUGCAAGCAAUCUACUGUGCAAAGAAUGUGCCUCAUUUUAGGGUCUGAGGGAAAUGCAUUUUUUUCUAGGUGAUUUCUCUUAUAGAAUGGUUUUUCUAUAUAAAAAUUGUUAUAUAGAGGGCCUCAUAUAGCUAAAAUUAGGGAACAGUAGCCAUAUGUUCAGGUGCAGUUUUGAAAAUGCUUGGCUAUCAAGUGGGUAUGAUUCAAAAUGCUGACGCCUAAGGAAGACCAUGUGUAGUUAAAACUCUACUUGGGAUGCCUGCAUCCCAUAUUGCAGUGUAUGGUCUCAAGUCCUGGCUUUACUGCAGAUCCCAACUUCCUGCUAAUGCACUCUCUGGGAAGCAGUGAAUGAUGGAUUAAGUACUUGGGUCCCUGUAAAACAUUUGGGAGAACCCGAUCAAGUUAUAGGCUGCUGGCUCAAGCUUGGCCCAACCAAGUUAUUCUUUUUUUUUUUUUUUUUUUGACAGGUAGAGUUAUAGACAGAGAGACAGAGAGAAAGGUCUUCCUUCUGUUGGUUUGCCCCAAAAUGGCCACUACGGCCGGCGCUACGCUGAUACGAAGCCAGGAGCCAGGUGCUUCUCCUGAUCUCCCAUGCAGGUGCAGGGCCCCAGGCACUUGGGCCAUCCUCCACUGCCUUCCCAGGCCACAGCAGAGAACUGGACUGGAAGAGGAGCAACGGGGACAGAAUCCGGCGCCCUAAAUGGGACUAGAACCCGGAGCCCAUAUGGGAUGCUGGCGCCGCAGGCGGAGGAUUAACCAAGUGAGCCACGGCGCCGGCCCCCCAAGUUAUUCUUGGCAUUUGUAGACUGAACCAGUGGAUGGAAAAUCUCUGUUUUGGUCUCUCAGUUUUUCAAAUUCAUAACAAUAACUAAAUUUUAAAAAAUAGUUUGAGGGAAAUGGAAAUAAAAGAUGAGUUUAUUUAAAAAGAAAAUGCUGAUGCCAUACUGCCUGGGCAUAAAUCCAACUAUGCCAGUAAGCAGGUUACUUAAUGGUUGUUUGUGUCAGUCUUCUUCAUUUUAAGACUGCAUAAUAAUACAGUUUUUCUUGUGAGAUCAUUGAAAUCAUUAAAUGAAUUGGCACAGAGAAAAUGCAUAGAAAAUUUCAUGGCAUAGAACAAAUAUUUAACAUGAAUUAGCUAUUUUAUAAUUUUAUCUAUCUUCAACUUUCAAUUGUGAAUAAAGCAGUGUUCCUUUAUGGUGGAAAUCAACAUCAUCUUUAGCUCUAAUUCUACUGCUAUCUGCUUGCUCUUCAUUUUUUUUAUUUAUGAAAGUACUCCUUUCAGUAGUUAUAUUGAAAGACUUAUCCUCAGAAUACUAAUUUUAACCUUAAUGUUAUAAAAAAUAAAAAUUUAUUCCCCAUGUAUGUGACUUUCUAUCAAAUACUUGACUAAAUAUCUCUUGAGAUGACCUACCCACAAAUAUCAAAUUACCUCUAAGUUCCAGCUAUCUAAUCCCUUCUCCUAUUAUGUUAACAGAAUUCCAAAGACUCGGUUCACUUUUACCUUAGUUUUAGAUCAGUUUGGCUAUAGUGCCAUGUGCUAACUCAACUCCAGACUGAUUGCUCAGAGUUCUACUAUCUCAGGUUAGCUUUUCUGGAUGAUGGCUGCUACUUGAUUGAAUCCACACUGAAUCUCACCUUCUAAAUUCCUUACCACAGAGACAGAGAGGCUAUUUGUAUAUUGUUAGUCUGGCAGACGGUAUGACUUUUGCCUGUCAGACCAAAAUCUACUGAUAGCUUCAAACUCUCACUUUCUAAUACCUUCAACUUAAAUCUAGACUGCUUUCAAUGAUAUAAUUUUGACUGCAGCAUUCUUUUUAAUAACUUUUUAUGUUUCUAUAAGGCUGUAGUCAAAGUGAAAGAUAAUUAAAAUCUGAUUGAAGAUGAGACUAUGAGUGAGGGAGUAGAAAGAAUGAGUCAUGAAUAACUGGCAAAAUAUCUGAUAUAUUAGAAAAAAAUUCAGAUAUAGAAUAAUUUUAAAUUAUCUUUAUUCUCAGAAAAAUUCAAAUAAUUAUAUAAUAAUUAUUUAAAAAUAGAUUUACAUAACAUGGUCUGAUAACAAGUCGAAGUAGUUUGAGACAAUCUUUCCAUAGCCAGGUCUUAGCUAGGUCAGAGCAAUUACAAAGGUUUACAUUGUUGAAUGAAAUUAUGCUCAAUGUUGUUUUAUUGCAUGUUAUAAUGUGUAGUUUCCCCUUUUGAAACAAUGUAUGAUCUAGGAAUACAAGUUACUUGCUUUUAGUAAAACACCCAUGCUGUAUAAAAAUAUAUAAGAAUUAGAAUUUUUUUGUAUUUUUAUAUUUUUAAAAAUGUUCAUCAUUGCUAUUCAUCUAAUAUCUUAGUUCAAGAGAAUUUCCCUUUCAUUUCUAAGUGAUAGAUACUUGGGUUCUAUGAUUAACACCCUAUCAUUUUUUGCCAUCAGAUGUAAGAUUAUUAAAGAAAGUAUGUAAAUUAUUAAAACUAAGAAUAAUACUUGUUAGCUUAAUUUUAUUUGUGAAAAGGUAACCAAAAUAUUUAAAUGUUUAUAAGAUAGGUCUUAUUUUUCACUGGAAUCAACAACAAUGGUAUCAAAAUUUCAAUUUAUUUUAAAUAAGUUCAUGAAGUAAAUAUCACCAGUGUAUUCCAAAGUCAUUUAGAAAUGGCCAGAAGCUGUUGAGACAAGAAAAACAUGAGAACGACUGUUGUAGGGCCCUGGGAAUCCUAGAAAGGGUCAUCUCUGCAGGUAGAAUGCUCACUCUUUUUUCAAACGAAUAAGUGUCGGAACUCAGAGGAGCAAUGCUGGUAGUCAAACAUAAAUAAAUAAAACCCUCAAUUUUUUUGAACUCGAUUUUGUUUAGAAAAACAGAAAUCGGAAGUACUCUAGGAAUUCAACACAAAUAAGGCAUAUUUGCAUGAAGCAAUCUAUGUUUCUGGCAGGAAUACUGAGAAAAUCUUUGGAUAGGUAAUCUUGGAAGGCUGCUUUCUCUCUUGAAGUUUCAUCUAGAACAGUCUCCAGGAAACAAUCUUUUUGGAGCUGUUUGUUGUUUUGUGGUCAAAUUGUUUGUUUGUAGACUGUAUUUGAAGGACAGUUGGGGGGAAUACAAACGGUUUGGCUCACGUUUUCUUUCUCUAUCUUGUAGAUGUUGCUUCUGUUGGUUUCUGUUCUAGAGUGAGGCUGCAGGGAAUAUAAAGCCAGUCUAAUAUUUUCCCUCUGAAAUAUGACAAAACUUUUCCUCUCUGUGUCCAAAGAAAUCAUUAUUUAAAAUACAGUAAUUUUCUUAGAGUAAUUAUAAUCUAAAACUGCCUAAAGUAAUUGUCAUAGUAAAUGCUUUUAGUCAGGGAACAUGCUAGAAACUGUGGCAAAAGUAUCAUUGAUGAGCUCUGCACAUAUAUAACAAUAAUUAAGAAUAAAAUGUGGGGAUUAUGGUGGGAAAAAUAAUAUGAAUGGUACAUGCUCUGAUAAUACCAAUAUGAUAAAAACAGCAGAAAUGAAAGUGAAUUAUGAAAGACCGCGGAGUCCAAGUUAACUGAUUGCUUUAUCAUGAGUAUUGAGGUAAUCCUGUUAAGCUGGUCAAGUCACUAAAUAGAAAUAUAUACACAUUUAACAUUGCAUUGAAAAACAGAUCUUCCAUGAACUGCUUUACUCCUGAAAUGACCUCAGCAACCAAAUCUGGGCCUGGCUAAAGCCUGGAGCCUAAAACUCCAUCUGGUCUACCACAUGGAGGCAGCAGCAGAAUUCAGUAAUAUGACUUAUGACUUCAAAGAAAGUAUGUAGAGGUUAAUAACUUAUAUAUGCAAACAAUGACCCAUCAGAAAAUGUAGUAGAAGCAAUGACUGUAUUUAUAAUAACAGCAAAAAUUAAAGUAUAUCAGAUAAAAUAUUGCUUAUCAUUAAGCUUCAACAAUUAAAGUCAAAUGGUAUUAGAGCAUGAGGCACUGAUCAACAGAAUAGAUUUUAAAAAUUUAAGAAUAGACACAAUGCAUAAGGACUUUCCAUUUAUGUAAAAGAUGGCAUUCCAAGUCAGUAUAGAAAAGAUAAAUUCUUCAUUAUGUGUCAUUCCAAUUACUGGAGUAUUAUCUGUGAUAUAGUUGGACCCAUGCACUAAGAUAAAAUAGCACAUUUCAUAGAAAAAGAAAUAAAAAUGACCCAUAAACCAUUGAAAAGAUGCUAAACUUCACAUAUAAUGAGAUAAAUUAACACUUCACCAACAUACUAUUUUUUCUAUCAGACGGACAAAUAGUUGAUGAGGCUAUAAGGAUACUGACACUUUUGCACAAUGCAAAUGUAAAACCAUCAAUUCCAUGUCUGGGAAAUUACUUUAUACACAUGGAAUGAUGUGGUUAUAAGCUUAUUAAACUGUCAUAUUAUUUGUUGUAGCAAAGCAAUGGAAACAAAUGUCUAUUGAGAAAUUAGCUAGUAAUUGAUAAAUAAAGUAGAGCACAUUUAUACACUAGAAUACUAUGAAGCAUUAACUGUUGAAGAUCUUUAUAAAUUGCAGGGAAGAUAUCUCUGAGAUCAAUUUUUUUAAGAUUUUUAUUGUAUUUAUUUGAAAGAGUUACAGAGAGAGAAAGAGAGGCAGAGGGAGUGAGAGAAGUCUUGCAUUUGCUGGUUCACUCCCCAGUUGGCCGCAACAGCUGAAGAUGCACCGAUCCAAAGCCAGGAGCCAGGAGUUUCCUCUGGGUCUCCCACAUGGGUGCAGGGGCCCAAGGACUUGGGCCAUUCUCUACUGCUUUCCCAGGCCAUAGCAGAGAGCUGGAUCGGAAGUGGGGCAGCCAGAUCUAGCACUGGCGCCCAUAUGCGAUCCCGGCACUGCAGGUGACGGCUUUACCCACUACACCACAGUGCCAGCCCCUGAGAUGAAUUAUUACUAUGAAAAGAGUUUGAUGUAGAACAGGAUAUGUUAUUCAUGUACAAAAUGGGAGAUGUAUGGGUAUUUUCUUAAGUGUUCAUAAAAUCAUGAAAACAAGGCUAACCCACUCAAAAACAAAAAACAAACCACAAAUGACAAAACAGUUAAGGAUGACUUCCACAUUAUAGCUUUCAUUAUCUUACUUUUGAACUAUGUGAAUGUAUUACAUAUUCUAAAUAGUAAUUUUAAAAUAUUUGCCUUUUAACACAGGUUGUAGGACUCAUUUUCUGUAGUAUAUUGCCACCAGAAGUAUAUACUGUACACAAAUAUUUGCCUCAUGUAGUGAUCUGAUAACUAAGGGUCAGAAAACAAUAGGAAGGGUUUUUAAUAUGACCUUUCAAUAGUCACAUAAGAUUUAAGAUUUUUAUUACUUCUUAGGCAUAGAUAAGCUUAAGAUUUUCCCUUCUAAGUUCCUCCUUUUAGAGAUGUAGAGGAUUAGUCAAUAUUCAGCAAAUAUGUUUGCUGGUAUUGCGGCAGAAAGACACUGUGCUAGCUAUGCCUCGUGAAGGAUGACUCAGAGAAAAAUGGGAAAUGAAAUGUUGCUAGGCUUUGUGAGACCUGGACAAUAUAAGGAGUGUAAGUAAAAUUCUUUACCCUUUGAUAGUCAAGCAUCUUUUAUAUCUGAUCUUCCACUUUUUGUUUCUGCUGCUGUGCUUGCCUCUCAAUGGAGUCCUCAACUCUGAGGCAGAUUCCAAUCAAAUUUUCCAACACUGAUUGCACACUGUGGUAGCCUUGUUCAGAAGUUGGGACCUAGAAUUGGCAUUCCUUGCCUAUCCAAUGAGGUCUUUCCAAAGGAAUGAUCAAUUGAUAUAUCUGCAGUGCAGCCCUAGGACAGAUGGGCUAAGCAGUGCUUUUUUUUUUUUUUUUUUUUUUAAGAUUUUAUUUAUUCAUUUGACAGUGUUACAGACAGUGAAAGGGCGAGACAGAGAGAAAGUUCUUCCAUCCAUUGGUUCACUCCCCGAGUGGCCUCAAUGGCUAGAGCUGCACCGAUCCAAAGCCAGGAGCCAGGUGCUUCUUCCCGGUCUCCCGUGCAGGUGCAGGGGCCCAAGGAUUUGGGCCAUCUUCUACUGCUUUCCUAGGCCAUAGCAGAGAGCUGGGUUGGAAGAGGAGCAGCCGGGACUAGAACCAGCUCCCAUAUGGGAUGCUGGCGCCACAGGCAGAGGAUUAACCUACUGUGCCACAGCACCAGCCCCUAAGCAGUGCCUUAUAUCUCUGUUCCAUGUGCUAGAAAUUCAUACCCUUCAUCUAAGAAAAACAGUGAAGCUUAGAGUUGCUUUUCAAAUUGAGAAGGAGAUCUGAAGAAUGGACUAAAUGAAAAAUAUCUUAUGCUAGAAUACACAUCCCUUAAUUCAUCCCAGGGAAGAAUAAAAAUGAUAUUAAAGCUAAGUAUCAGUCUUAGUACCAGGAAGCUUAAGUCAGGGGUUGCAGGCAAGCAUUGAACCCAGGAACAAUAUCUGAAAUUGGAUGGGGGCAUCUUAACCCCUAGGAUAAUCACCUACCCCUAAACAAUGCAACAAGCAGGCUUGGGAAAUGCCCUUGUUCCUGGUUAGGAAUUUCUUCUUAAAAAGAAGUCCAAGUAUUUAAUGCUUUUAAAAUUUCUAACUAUGUAACUUGACUUCUUGUGUAUUUAAAUGUUUGAUGAGUUGUUAGUUAUACAUGUUGGCUAGAUAAAUUGUCAGAUUAUUCUGAUGACUGACUGACUUUAGGUUAAUACAUUUUGAUAGUUAACCUCGUUUGAGAUAUGGUAAAUAAUACAAUUUCUGCCCCUGUGUUUCAGUUAAAUUGGGUAGAAUAAGGACCAGCUUUAAGAUUGUGUUGACCUUAUCAGUGUCACUCAGAACAUUGUUGUCUUGAAUAGUAAUGUGAUGCAUCAUCUGUUGAUGUCCAUAUGUGUUUGCAAAUCUAAUUUGAUCAUACUAAAAAUAGGUCUUAAGCUUCCAGUGAGUUUCUUACAUUAACAAUGAGAUAAUUGGAAAAAAGUCAUAUCUGAAAAUCCUAUUUGUUUAUCUACCAAUUAUAUGAAAUUAAGUAUGCAUACAUACACAUUGCUAAGAACUCAACAACUCAGCAUCCUAGAUUAUUUUUAACACUGGAGUCUUCUUUUUAAUGAGCCUGUUGGUUAUUUGAUAUCUCACAUCACUUUAGGAUUAGGCUCUUUUUUUAAGGCUUUAGUAAGUUCAACUUUUUAUUUAAGAUUAUUUAAAAGGCAGAGUUACAGGGGCCGGCACUGUGGCGUAGCAGGUAUAGCCACUGCCUGCAGUGCUGGCAUCCCAUAUGGGCACAUGUUUGAGUUCCGGCUGCUCCACUUCCAAUCCAGCUCUCUGCUAUGGCCUGAGAAAGCAGUAGAAGAUGGCCCAAAUCCUUGGACCCCCGCACCUGCAUGGGAGACCCGGAAGAAGCCCCGGGCUUCAGAUAAGUGCAACUCUGGCAAUUGCGGCCAAUUGGGGAGUGAACCUGUGGGUGGAAGACCUCUCUCUGUCUCUGCCUCUCUCUAUCUCUGCCUUUCAAAUAAAUAAAUAAAUCAUUAAAAAAAGGCAGAGUUACAGAGAGAAGGAGAGGCAGAGAGAGAGAGAGAGAGAGAGAGAGAGAGAGAGAGACCUUCCAUCUGGUGCUUCAUGCCUCAAAUGGCUGUAAUGCCCUGGGCUGUGCCAGGCUGAAGCCAGGAGUCAGGAGCUUCUUCUGAGUCUUCCAUGCAGGUGGCAUGGGCCCAAGUACCUGUGCCGUCUUCUGCUGCUUUCCCAGGUGCUUUAACAGGGAGCUGGAUAGGAUCUGGAGGAGCUGGGAUGUGAACGGGCACCCAUAUGGGAUGCUGGCAAAACAGAUGGUAGCUUAACCUUGUGUGCCACAAUUCUGGCCCCUCAACUGUUUCUUAUCUAUAAUUUCAAAUAUGUACACUGCUUAUAAUUUCUUUUUUCCAAAAUUUAUAUACAUAAGAAAAAUACAGGAUGAGAUGAACAACCAAGUACCCACACAUACACACAUAUACAAAAUAGCAUUUGAUAAUUAAUACAGUACAAUGAUCCGUUCAGUUCUAUUUUUAAAGUUUUUAUUUAAUGAAUACAUUUUUUUGUAGAUACAACUUUAGGAAUACAGUGGUUCUUUCCCUCGUACCCACCCUCCCUUCCCCAACUCCCAUCCUACACCCCUCCCUCUCCCUCUCCCAUCUCCUUCUUCAUUAUGAUUCAUUUUUAGUUUGACUUUAUAUAUAGAGGACCAACUCCAUGCUAAGCAUAGACUUCAACAGUUUGCACCCAUGCACACACACAACAUAUAGAAUACAGUUUGGGAACAACAUUUGCAGUUGAUUCUCAUAGUACAACUCAUUAGGGACGGGGGUCCUAUAUGGGGAGUAAGUGCACAAUGACUUCUGUUGUUCCUUUAACAAUUAAUACUCUUAUUUAUGACAUCAGUGAUCACCUGAGGCUCUUGCCAUGGGCUGCCAAGGCCAUAGAUGCCUUUUGUGACCAUAGACUCCAUCAGUAUUUGGACACGGCCAUAAGCAAAAUGGGUACUCUCUCCUCCCUGCAAAGAAGAGUACCUUCUUCUAUGAUGACCCUUCCUUUCCACUGAGGUCUUACAGAAUCUGUUCAGUUCUAAACCACAGGGUAGUAGAUAACAGAAGGCAAUAGAAUAUUGUUUUUAGUUAGGACAUACACAUUUAUUUUACAAUAAUAGUAUUAUUAUUAAUAAAGGAUAAAGAAACACAUUCAUUAAAUGUUUCUAGAAGCAUUUAUCAUAUGAAAUGUCUUUUUAAAUCCUUGUGGCAAACCUGAAAAUAGUCUUAUAUACAUCUAUAAGUGGGAAAACCAAGAUAAAAUUAUUUAAGUUACACAAUUAGGAACUGGUAAGAGCUGAUCCAUCCUAGUCCAAUGUCCAUAUUCUUUCUGCCUCUCCAUUGUAUGCAGACAAGGUUGGCCUUUGCCUUACUACACUGGUAAUUGGAUCACAUAAUCCAGGACUGUCUUCUGGAGAAUAAUUGUGCUCAAAGCUCCAAAAGUACCUAUUGAAUCUAUUAUGAUGUCAUUUCCCAAUAUAAAAGUUAUACCUCUAAUAGUAUAUGGAGCUUUCAACAUAAUUUUUGAAUUUUCUUAGCUGCUUAGCCUAUAUUUUGAUAAGGUUGUAGAUGAAAGUAGCCUCUCCAAGGUGAUGUUGCUGUCUGCUGCAAGUACUCACAUUUGCAAAAUCAUCCCUGUCUUAUUCUGUGUCAGGCAUAGUAGUUUUUUUGUUUUGUUUUGUUUUGGACUAAGUUAUCAUUGAAGGGAAAAGGAAAGCUUAAAAGAAUGCUAGUGUCCAUGUUUAUGCUCCUGUCUCCCAAAUCCUGAGAUGCUGGACUGCGAGUGAGGGGAGGGAUGUGCUUUUAGAAAAAGUUACCCAUGUGACUUGACUUGUAACCUUCUGGCUUUCAGUUGACCAAGAUGUUAGCAAGCAGCCCUUUUCCUGAAAAUAUCAUUAAUAUCGGGUGCUAUGUGGGAUACAGGUACUUACUAUAAAAACCAGGGGCACAUGAGACAAGUUUGGAGAGGUAAUGGUGAACACUAAAAAUGAAUUGUGUUUGGAAAGCAUUCCACAUAGAGGGGCCUUGUUAGCAGAGCCUCAUGCCUUCUCUGUUCUCUACUCUUAGAAAGGUCCUUAUCACAGAUUUUCACAGAAUCCAUCUGUGAGGUUAGUAUUUCCUUAAGAUAUUUGAAUAAAGUAUGGAAAAUAAGUGUAUAGUGAAGCAAAAAAUUAAUCAAAAAGCAUAGUAGGCAUCAUCUUUUUAAAAAAUACCUUUGUCUGUCUUGCCAGUGACCUUCCUGGAGCAAGUCCCAGUGCUCCCCUCGUAGUUCUUUCUCCUUCUUUUCUUUUGUCUCUUUUGACCUUUUUAUAUUUGUAGUUGUUUUAAGAACAGAAAAGCAAAUCUUUUCCUGGUCUCAGGUGACUCCCAUUAGCUCUUUGCUUGUUUUAUGGACACUUGUACACCCAAAACUUCGCCUCACCUGAUAUCGGAGAUGACCCCCUAAAAUAUACCAAAAUGUGGCCCUUAAAGUUCCCCUGAAGCACCAUCUGGGAUGCCACUUGUGUUACCGGAAUUUGGGGUGCCAUACAAUAUCACCAUAUGCUUAUUAAUAAAUCCCCAAUAUUAAUAAGCCUGAGAGGGUUCUUGCUUAAUAUUUAGAGAAGAAUUCUAAAUACCAGCAUCAAUAAACAAGGCAGCAUAUGGUACAUAUUAAGCUUUUAUUUAGUGAGAAAGAUGCAUAGGAGAGUGAGGGCUUUAUUUGAGAGAGGUAAAUCUGGGUUCAUACCGAGCACCUGGAACCAGCCACAUGGAGGAACAUCUAGGCCAGGAAGCCUAGGGUGGGUGGCCUGAAGGCCAUGCACCGAGCACCUGGAACCAGCCACAUGGAGGAACAUCUAGGCCAGGAAGCCUAGGGUGGGUGGCCUGAAGGCCAUGCACCCUGGAGACGCAGGGCUACAGCAAGCCCCUCCUGGCAAGAGGCCAGGGAAAAAAGAAGGGCUGGACACACCGUGUCCCAGGCUUUUAACCCACUUCCAAAGGGGAGUGGUUAAUUAACCUGAUUGGCUGGUGGGCACCUAGGUGUGACCUGGUAGGGACAUGAGGUCACAUGGGGACUGGCGAAGGCGUGUUCUUCCAGCUCACAAACCUAAUCAAUUUUAGCCUGUAUGCCUGCCUACUUCACACCCUCUUAGCUUCCUGGGUAGAGCCUGGGAAAUAGACUGACAAAAGACAAAUUAGCAGGAGAAAAUAAUGUGGAUUCAUGGUGUAAGAGAGCUAGCAAAAUAAAUAGCUGGCUGGAUAAAUGGUUCAAAUAAGCUGAUAUAUCUAAUUUGGUAGAGGAAGGGGUACAGGGAGUCUUCCACAGAAAGAACAAAAGUUUGCUUAGAAUAGACAUUUGACUUUUCAGGAGAGCAAAGGAGAUAGGAGCCAAGUUUGUGAGAAUGUUCUUUUAUGCAGGUGACUGCUCUUUCCUUCACAGCCAUGAAACUCCCUGUGGAAAGUAUAUUUCUGAUAGCUUUAUUCUUAGUCUUCUUCCCUGUAGUAGCCAUCUUGAAGCUGGAAUGUAUGCCUACCUUAUUUCCCAGAAAUUCAUGCCUUUUGUCAGGUUAAAAAAGCUGUCAGAGGGUUGGAUCUGUUGGAUCUCAAAUAUCUCCAGGUUAAGGUAUUUUUGGUACCACUGUAAGGAGUCAGAUGGGUUAAUAGACAGGGUGGUCCCCAUGGAAUUUGAGGUAUAAAAUGCUUGCUUCCCCCCAAAAGGUUAUCAUUAGCAAAAACAAAAUGUUCUACCUAGGUCCAUUGGAAUCUCCAAAUUUACCAUGAGAAUAGCAAGGGAGUGGUUUAUUGUAAAAACAAGUUAGGUAUCUCACCUUGUGAUGCUAGACAGGAUAAAGAAUUGUAAAUCAGGUCUAUUGUUGGGGUUGUCUCCAUCUUCUUGAUUGACAAUUUAGUCCCUGAUAUUGUACUUAAAAACCCCAGUGCCAUGGGGUCCUUUGGGAUUUGCUUCUCUUGCAGCAUCCCCUCCCCCCCAUGACACUCUGGCUGGAGAUCUUUGACUCUGAUAUAUCUUGCUUUUAAACCUUUAAAUCUCACUUUUCUCUUUGCCUUGUCCACUUGGAAAUUCUUCCAUGUGAGACAAAGAACCGACUCUCUGCCACCAUUUUCCCAUAACACCACCUCUGAUGUUCUGAGUGGUUCCUUGUGAGAUCAGAGAUGUGGUCUCUGGCAGUUUGCUCCAUAGCAGGCCUUGCAUUCACACUCACAGGAUUUCUUAAUGAACCUUAGUAGGUUUUUCAAGGCGUUUUACAGGACAAUGUUCUCAUUGAAUAGAGCACUCAUCUCUGGUGUUCUGAUAGCUAGAAUAAGCAAGUGUCCCAUGUGUUUGGUCUGUAUGCUUGCUGACAGUUGGUCACCUACCUCUGUGAAUUUAUUUAUUUUCUUUGAAUAAAUUCAGUUUGGCUGUGAGUUCAUAAAGAAAACAAAAGAAUAAGCAAAUAUCGCUGUAGAAAUUAAAUAAUUUAGAUUUUACUGGGAAGUUGUUGAAGGCUUUUGAGUAGAAAAAUAACUUGCAAAGUGGUGUUUAUCUGAGCAGUAAAGUGUGUAUUAGAAGAUGCAGAUAUUUGAUAAUAAAGAUUUAUAGUAAUGAUAAUAAUAAGUUGAAUAUGAGGGUAUUUCAAAGAAAUUCAUGGAAAAUAGAAUUAAAUAAGCUUAUUUUGGUCCAAAAACAUUUUGAUCCAUGCAUCAUUUUUUCAUAGUGAAACCUUUUUGCUUAUUAACAUUUCCAAAGUUAAUAAGCUGUGUGGACUCUUGCCAUGUAUUCACAGAAGAAUUCUGAAUACUGGCUCAAAUAGACCAGGAGACAUGGUAAGUUUUUAAGCUUUUGUUCAGUGUGUGAAAUGCAUAAGAGAGUGAGGGCUCUAUCUAAUGGAGAAAGCAAAGUCUGGAAGUAAGUGGGGAUCUGUACCAAGCAGAGAACAGGCCAGGAGCCACGUGCAGCAAGCGUUUGGUUAUGAGCAGCCACAAACAGGUUAUCACAGAUAGUGAAGUGAAGGCAGAGAGCCAGAGAGCAAUUUUGGGGCACUCUUCUCCUUUUAUAUGCUUUCCAAAGGGUCAUGGUUACUUAGUCUGAUUGGCAAGUGGACAUUCAGGAGAGAUCAGAUAGAAGCAUGAGAUCAUACAGGGGCCUGGUGGAGGGUGUGGUCUCCAUCUUAUAGACCUAAUUGGUUUUAUUCUAUUUGACUGCCUAUAUCAAUAGUACACUUUUUCUGUGAACUUCCUGAAGACCCCCUCUAUGCAUGGAUUUCAAAAUCUUUGUACCAAAAUAAACUUAUCUUUUAAUUACAUUUUCUUUUUUUUUAAGAUUUAUUUUUAUUUAUUUGAAAGAGUUACACAGAGAGAGAAGGAGAGGCAGAGAGAGAGAGAGAGAGAGCGAGCAAGGUCUUCCAUCUUCUGGUUCCCUCCCCAGUUGGCUGCAAUGGCCAGAGCUGCACCUAUUGAAAGCCAGAAGCCAGGAGCUUCUUCCAGUUCUCCCAUGCAGGUGCAGGGGUCCAAGCACUGUGCCAUCUUCCAGUGCUUUCCCAGGCCAUAGCAGAGAGCUGGAUCAGAAGUGGAGCAGCCGGGUCUUGAACUGGUGCCCAUAUGGGAUGCCAGCACUACAGGCAGCAGCUUUACCGGCUACACCACAGUGCCGGCCCCUUUAAUUACCUUUUCUACAGGCUUUUGUAGUACCCUUGUAUUACAUAUCUUCAUUUGUGUGUGUCCCCUUUCAUAUAAAAAUAAUACACUUAAAUAACCCUAAAAGUACUAUUGAUGUAGGCAGGCAUACAGGUAAAAAUUGAUUAAGUCUGUGCGCUGGAAGACCACGCCUUCACCAUGCCCCUGUGUGACCUGAUGCUCCUACCUGGCCACACCUGUGCACCUACUGACCAAUCAGGUUAGUUAACCACUCCCCUUUGAAAGUAUAUUAAAAGCCUGGGACAUGGUGUGCCUGGCCCUUCCUUUCUUUGGCCUUUUGCCAGUGUGGGCCUGUGGGGCCCUGCACUUCUAGGGCGUAUGGCCUUUGGGCCACCCAUCCCAUGCUUCCUGGCCUAGAUGCUCCUCCACAUGGCUGGCUCCUGGUACUCGGUAUGAAUCCAGAUUUACCCCUCUAUUUUAGACAGGGCCCUAACUCCCUAUGCAUUUCUCUUACUGAAUAAAAGCUUAAAAAUGUACCAUGCUGCCUCAUUUAUCCGUGCUGGUAUUUGGAAUUCUUCUCUGAAUAUUAGGCAAGAACUGAUACAGGCUUAUUGAUAUUGGGAAUUUAUUAAUAAGCAUACAGUGAUAUUGUAUGGCACCCCAAACUCUGAUUUCAUGUGGCACCCCAAAUGGGACUCGUGGGGAACUUUAAGGGGACCAUAUUCCGGCAUCAUAUUUUAGGGGGGGCGAUCCUGAUACCACUAUGGCCAUUCACGAGGAACCUUAACAAAACUAUUUCUAAAUUGCCCCAAAACCGUUUCCUAGACUUUUGAAUCCAUAUAUUAGAAAGGUUAGGUUCCCUGCCCGACAUCACACAGUGGAGGAGUCAAGAUUCCUUCCAGGUUUGCCAGACUUUUAUCUUUGCCCCAUGUGAGGGCCACAGCCCUGGGAAAGAGUGGGACAAGGAGAAAAACAAAUGGAAUAAGGAUGAAAAGAUCAAUACCAUAGCUUGAUUGAUUGAUAUGAUUACUUUAAUUGACAUUAUUAUUGCUUCAAUACUGAUAGUAUAGUAUAUAAUAUAUUGAAGGUAUUACUUUGAUGAUUGACCUGGUGACUACUAAGUGCUUGGAUUGAGGAGACUGGAAUAAAGCCAAUAUUAUGCCAAGGAUGCCCAGUUUAUUGGUCUUUUGACAGAAAUUGCGAGAGACAGAGGAGGAGUUAGUCUAUGGGAAAGGUGACAAUCUGAUCAACUUUAGGCAUGAUAAGUUAAGCUAAUAUCAUUAUCUUUUAAAAAAGGUUUGAUAUUAAAUUUUAAUAUACUCUUAAGUGUACAGUUUAGACACUGAGUAUACUUAAAUUUUAGCAGACACAUUCCCUCCACUUGAGGAAUUCCAGGCUUACUGAUUAGGAGACACACCCAUAUAUUUAAUACCUAGAGAAUAAUUUUGAGGCAGUUUGUUGAGUGAAUCCAUUUCUGUCACCAUAAGGAAGAAGAGGCUUGUGGUUCACAGAGGUCCUGGAAACACUCAGGCUUUUGGGGGUGAGAAUUCCUGCUCUAAAUGGGAGGAGUGAUGGUAUGGACUCCACGUACAAACAAACUUGCCCUAGCUGCUACAGAACUCCACACGCUGAGGAAUACAUGCGAAGAGCAGCAGAGCAGGAACCGCAUUUCCCCCUGAAGUCUGGAGCCAGAGCCCUGGUGGCCUGGGCCUGAGGGUGGUUCCCCUGCAGCUUCUCUGCAGGGGCCUCCUCUCAGCAGAGUCUCUCUCCUGCUUUGUGCCUCUUCACUGUUUUGAACACUCCAUCUAAGUAAACAGAGCAUGGACUGAACACAUUCUUCCUCUCUGGUUAUUUGCAUUUUAAGCCCUUUAUCUCUAGCUAUAGAUUGAAAGGCUUUGUCUCCAGUUAAAGGAAUUUCAAGCAAUUGCAGCUAGAUGGAUGAGAUUAGAUUUGGUCCUGAGGGGCUCCUUUUUGUCCCUAAAAAUCCUGGUAUUGUCAGUUGUACUAGACCUAGACAUGAAUAGGCUUUGUUCUGGCACUGUUCUAUAAGCCUUGUGGAAACAUGUAUGCCUACUGUGACUACCACUGUCAAACACUGUAAAAUGCUCACCUAUUAUUUUUUCAAAAGUGCCCCUCUAUCUUUCCAUUUUAUUCUUUGGAACUUCUAAGUUAUCUGUUGGUGUCUUUUCUAUCUUUUACCUGCUUGUUAGUGGCUUUUUCCUUUGUCUUGUAGAUGAAUUCUUUAGUAUCAUCUCUAAUUUUUACUCUGAUAUCUUCAUAGCAAGAGUUACCUUUUCAGUAUUUUUUGAUGGUUAUAUUUUAGUUCCAUUUUCAUAUCUGUUAUAUUUUUCAAAUUUCUUAUAUCUAAUUCCACUCUUUUUGUGUCCUAAGUUGAUGGUUUGUUUUAAGGAAAAAACAAUGUGUCACUUUCCAUUUCAAGUGUUGACAUGCUUAUUUUAAAGUUUUUGUUGGUAUUAGGUAAAGGUAGCUUAAUUUUUGUGAAUUCAUGCUUUACAAAUUAAUUUAGUUGGUUUUCUUUUUAGUAUUAACAUGAUUUAAGCUUGGUUUUUGAGGCUUAUUUUUGUUUAAAUUUUAUGUAUUUAUGUGGAUAAAGAGAAGGAGGGAGGAGAGAGCCAGACUUGGGGAGAGAGAGAACAUGCACAAGAGAGCACCAGGGUUCUUCCAUUCGCUGGUUCUAUCCCCGAAAGCCUGCAAUGGCCAAGGUUGGAUCAGGAUUAAGGCCAAGAACUAAAGCAAGGUCUCCCUCGUGGCAGGCAAGAACCAUUAGUACUGCCUCUCAGGGUCUGCAGGAGCAGGAAGCUGAAGUCAGGAGCUAGAUUAGGGAAUCCAACCCAGGUCCUCCAGUGUGGGAAGUGGCUGUCUUAACUAAAUACCUGCUCUAGGCUAAUUUUUAAUUGGGUUUUAGGAUUUUUUUGUUGUUGUUUCUCUUUGAUCUUUCUUUUUGUCUCUUGCCACCUUCCCUAAGUAGUGUUUUUUUCAGUUCCUUUACUUGUUCCUCCAGGACUCUAGUACUGAAUCAGGUAUUUGAAGGGAAUCAGAUUAGGCCACCCCAAAAUGUGCCCCUUUAGCAUAAGAAUUAUUUUGAGCUGAAGGUCAAUUGAGAAGCAGCACAUGCAGGAAGUGAUCUCUGCCCACCUCCUUUUUGCCUAAAAGCAGAACAUGAAUUUCCAUUGGUAAAGGUGCUCCCUUCCCGACUCUGUACUGGGAAAAGAACUACUCUUACCACCAGUUAUGAGAAGUCAUAGCCAACAUGAGUUGCGGAAAUAAGUUGCAGUGCAUCGCUCGUAUUCCUUGAUUGCCCAAUAUGUUUCCUAGUCCUCUCCCUUCUUUUCUAUAAGCUCCUAUGCAUAUAAAUAUCAAUAAAAACUAUGACUUUUCUCUUGAUAUUCACAGGCCCUCAGUGACUGAAGUAUGAGGACAGAAGAAAAAGUUUUUCCUCUCUGACAUAUUAAUCUAUGUAGAACCUUCUUCUCAUAGUGAAGCCUGCAGGGCUAAAGUCUUGGUUUAGUUAAUGAUGAAGAGGCUGGGUCUAUGCUCUUCUAUCCUGUCUGGAUCCAUUUUUUGAAAUAAGGUCAUAGUUCCUUUAAGUGGGUUGGCAACAACCUUGGCUACUCUUACCUGGCAUGCAAACCCUAUCUUAGACCCAGACUUUCAUGGUUCCAAUUUUCCAGCUCACUUGUGGUUCCCUUUACAAGGGCCUUAAUAAUGCUACUUUACAUUUGUCUCAUUCUCUGGCCCCAAAUAAUAUUUAUCUUCUGUUUGAUCGUAAAUCUUUGGUUCUUUUUUCCUAUUUAAUGUAGCUUAGUGCUGCCAUACUCUGUCUUGAACCGAAGUCCUUCUAUUGUGUUUAUUUUUACAUUUUAGGCUUAUCUUUAAGUCUCUCAAAUUCAAAUCUAUAUAUAGUAAUAUAUAUUAAAGUAUCAUAAUAAUUAAUAUUAAAUAUUAAUGGCAUUAGUAAGAAAUCCAAAUAAGGCUAUGUGGCUUGGACAAAUGUGAUAGCAUUGAAAAGGCAUACCUCACUAUUUUGUGUUAGAACUGCUUGUGGUUUUCCAACUUGGAGAGAAGCCAGGGACAUUUUUCUUAGUAACGUGCAUGUUGUUUAUACCCUUAGGCUUUACGGACCAAUUUAAAAUUAACCAGCGAUUGCAAAAUGUUGAGUUCUCUGCAACAAUUUUAUGUAUUUUCACCCCACAAAAAAUUUCCCAUCCUCCAACCCAAUUAUCUGAGGAUGUAGUUUGUACGAAUGAAAGUAACAAUACCCUUAAAUACGUUGCAAAUCCUGAGACCAUUGUUUUCAGUGCAAACUUCAAGCUUCCUUUUCCAUAAAGACUGUACCACACUGUAUCUGUUUCAGUUGAACUUGGCAAAGUCUCAAAUAGAAUUGGAACCAUGAUUUGGCUUAAAAGUUUCCAGUUCAUGUCAAAGUAGUAAUGAUGAAGAGCAAUAUACGUAUAUGAUUUAUAUUCUGAGGUACAUAUUUUACAUAUAUGUCUUAAAAUAUUUUGUUGAUCUCAUUCAUGUUCAGGUUUUGAGAAAGUAUGUCUGUAUAUCUGAAGUAGUGUGACUAAUUAUCUCUACAUGCAUUUAUCAUUAAAUAAACCUCAGAGGAGACAGAAAGAUUGUUUACUUAAGCAGCACAAUACAGGGGAUGGUAGAUAGCUCUAGAACACAGGAUUACAUUGCCAGAAUGGCACUAUUUAUUAAGCUAUGAUAACGCUAAUGUUCCUCUUUGAUGUAUAGCAUGUGUGACUUCAGCUGAACUUGUAGAGAGCCUUAAGGAUGUUUCAUUGAACAUUUAGUAUGGCAGCCAGCCAGAAUACAUUUAGCUUAAGCCCAGAUGACGGGCUGGUAAUGAGGUAGUGAUUGAUGACCACAGCUUCCUUAUGAAAACCUGCUUGAUAUGCUGGGGGGGAAAAGCAUUGCCAGCUCUUUUCAUUUCACUCCCUGUUAUAUUAGUUAUUUUUACUGUGGAAGAAGUUACAUGUGCUUGUGCUUAUGCAUUCUUGGCAUCACUUUUAGAUUACAAUCGAGUGGUGGUAUGGAAUUUUAGAAGCCUAGCCCUGUGGGUAUAUUUAUGUAUAAUUCAAAUCUCAAUUUCAAAGGGAUUUUUAAAAAUCAUUUUUAAAAACUAUCACUGUGUUAUCCAUAAAAUGCUCUGAUUAUGCAUCUUUUUAAUGUUAUGGUUUCUCUGACUCUGUUGCCACCCCCCACAUACACAGUGUUAUAAAGCUCUCCCCAUCCUCAUACUUUAAAGAAGAAAUUUGUCAAAAUUGCUAAAUACAUUUAUUUCCAGGAAACCCUGCUUUUAAUUAUUUUUACAUUUUAGUAGUACAUGAAUGUGUGUCUUUUCCUAAAUAUAAUGUAGGAAAAUUAUUGUCAUCCAUUUAUAUACAUGAAACUCCUUGGAUGUAGUUGUGAAUGAAAUGUUCCUUUGAAGCACCUUUUGUCUUUUGUCUAUCUUUUUAUUGUUUUAUGCAUCUGCUCUCUUACUCUGUCAACAUAAAUCAUUUCUCAGAUUGGUUUCACAUAAGUGCUUAUGAUUGCAAAAUGCCACUUGCUAGAAUGACCACUUUGGUUGCCUACUGACCUGGGACAAGGUGGAGCAACCCCAAGAUUGACAUUUCACCCUUAAUAAAUCUUGCUUGUUGAAAUGCCAACAACAAAUAAGCUUGCAGAGAUUGACAAGAGAAAAUAAACCAUUCUUUGAGCCGGCUUCAUUGUGGCUGGCUGGGCUUUCAAUUUUGCCAAUAAGAAGAGAAUUUGUACCCUUUUGUGCCUUGCAGCCGUCACUCCUUUGGGCUUGGAGUGCCCAAACAGAAUGCCCAAACCACCUGAUUCCAAUUCCAUCAUUGAGACAGCCCAGAAAAUGACAGUUUGAAGUAGCUGGGAAAUCCUACUGAGACGCCUGUCUCUCGCAUUAGGUGUGAUGUCUGCAAAAUGAGAAUCAGUUAAGUCUGCUCUCAGAAGCCUGCUUCAUGCUUACAUUUUUGUUGUUUCUACUACCUCCAUUUCUUCAAUUAUUUAAGUUAUUAGAGAUCCUGAAAUGAAACAAAUUGAGACAAGAAGAGUAUUAGUGUCCCAUUGAGGCCAGGCUUAUCUCUUGAAGCUUUUGAUAAUACUGCAUAUUGGCGGGCUUUGUAAAGGGCAGGAAGUUGUAUUGCCACUAUAAUUCUUUACUUUGCUCCCUAUCAAAAAUAGUAGCAAAAUCAGAGUUGUACCAAAGUAGAUACUCCUUCCUAUUAUAGAACUUAUCUUUUAUUAAUAAGUUGCUUACCACUAUUACCACCAAACUGUACUUUCUUACUGAAGAUAAAGAAACUUGUUAUUUACUGGGGAAAGUUUCUGGUAGCAAAAACUUGACCUGAAAUGAAUUAUUUACAAGUUUAGAAGAAAGACUUGCUAAGUCAAUGCUACAGCUGAGAAAUAAGCCAACACUUUCUCCAGAACAGCUUGAAGCUGACAAAACACUAAGCUCUGAGGUCCUAGAGAAGCAGCAGUUCAGGUUCUUGUUAGCUUUGAGCUGCAGGAGAGACAACCCUGGCAGAAGGCUCAGAGGAGGGAUGAGCCCCCCAAGAGGGGGAUGUGAAGGGAGCUAGAAAUAGCAUGACUGAAAAGUCACGGAGAAAUAGAGCAACACCAAAUUAGACGCCGAGAAAUAGUGAGGCAUACCAAAUAGUUACAGAAAUUUAGGAAGUAACAGAACAAAAUGAACAAAAAUAAAUGGUUAAAUAUGGAAAAUGGGAAGUGAAAAAUAUUUCACAGAAAACUUUCUAACAAAAUAAAUAAAAUGUUAAGUACAAAAUUGCUAUCACCUUUGUAUUGCAUUUCUGUAGUUCCUGAUAGCAUCUUUAUAAGUUUUACUCAAUUCUCACAGCCCUGGGUAGAGAUUUUAUUAUCUCCCUUUUACAAGUGAGUAAUAAAUUUAUUUGCAUAAAAACUACUCUCUUUAAUUCCUGAUUUCUGAAACCUGCUCAUAGAAUUUGCUGAAUAUGCUGAUAUGGGACAAAGAUUGCUAACAUUUUAUAUAAUUUUGUGGUAUGUAAGAGCUGUGCAGCACUAUUUUAAAAUAGGUUUUCAGAAGUGGUUUCUCUGAGGAGGUCAUUUGAGUAACUGAAUUAUGUGACAAUAUCAGUCAUGCUUGGCUUUACUCAAUUUGAUAAAAUAUAGCUGUAUCAAGAUAAGUAAGGGGGCAGUAUGAUACGACAGUGUAGAUGGAGGAGGUACUCAAAGAAUUAAUGCCUCUGUGAGCAGCCUUGAAACAGUGACUGAUGCCCCUCCAUCUGCCAGCUUCCUGAUAUCUGGAGUGGGAUGGUUUGAGGCUGUGUUUUUUAUUGGACCUGGGAAUCCUUACCAAGACAGUAGAACAAAUUCGUCAUUUAUUUUCUCCCCCACCCUGCCUCACCCACACCCCCACAGAUGUUUCCUGGGAUUAUCUUCCAAAUAAAUAUUUGCAUACUUGCACUUGAUUUCUUGUCUCUGGCUCUGCCUCUGGGAUAUCCCAAACCAAGGCAGUGAUAGCGAUGUAAGUGGUAAGAAUUUGGCUGGUUCAGCAAGCCAGUUAGAAGUGAGAAUGGUAGGAUUUACUCAUAGAUUAAAUACGGGGUGGGAAGAAAAUAGAAAAUUAGGGAAAUAGGUCAUUUGCUUUUUUGCAAAGAUAACUAUUAAAAGCAGAAGUAACCACAGCUAACUUCUGUGAAGGUUGGUAAUCAUGAGGCUAUCUUUUAAUGCUGUCAUGCAUCUUCCAUCUAAGGAGGUAUCCCUCAUUCCUUGUGAUUGCCGCUUCCUUCAGUCAGGAACUAGAGGCUGGGUUUGAACUCAGGUGUCUCAUUCCAGUCUGAGCACAAAACCUGUAUGCUCUUUUGGGCACACAGUGCAUGGGCCAAACAGUAAGAUCAGCAUACAUUGUUAUUCACUAAUUCUAUUCGCAUGUAACAAAGUUGUGGUCCUGAAUUUUUCUUCUAACCAUAUUUGUUUUCACUCGUGUGCAUGUACAUGUGCAAAGCAUUUUUAUAAGUCUACUUGGGACUUGGCUAUUAUUUCACAAAUCGUGGCCCUUCUUAUCUCAUAAAAUUUAGGAAGAAGUAAUAUUAUUAUCCUCAUCAUUAUCAUUGGCAAGAUUUCUAAGUGGUACUGAAUUUCCUAUAAUUAACUGUUACUUGAUACAAUUGUUUGAGAAUAUUACUGCAUGCUUGAUUGCAGGACCUAAAGCAGCAGGCAAUGUAUGAUGAUGCCGAAGGCAUCUUCUCUUAUUACUAGUUGAUUUCCAAAUGACAAUUUAGCUGAUAAUGUCUUGGAAUAUUUCCUUUUGCAUACACAGUGAGAGAAUUACUGCAUAAUGGGUAUUGUCUGAGGAUGCAAAAAGUUUAACCAAAGUCAAGUUGCUUCGAAAUCAAGGUAUAGGGCAUCGUGGUGAGGACACAGAGGGAGUAAGAUGAUGAAGAAUGUGAUAAUAGGUUCUUAAAGCAAAAUUUCUCUUGGACUCUAGAGUCUGAAUAGACAUACUGGAGAACCUGGAAAAUGUGAUGGCUCAACACAGGAACCAAGUUCUUUUGAGGAUUUGGUCCAUGAAAGUGACCAAGGUUUCUAAGAUUCAUCCUGUCAUUGAUAAACCAGCUAAGCCAUGGUACUUUGUUAUGGCAGUUUGAACGAAGACAUAUUGGAGGGGCCAGGAUUGUGGUACAGCAGGUUAAGUCUCUGCUGCAACACUCGGCGUCCCACAUGGGCGCCAGUUUGAGUGUCAGCUGCUCCGAUUCUACCCAGCUCCUCGCUAAUGCACCUAAGAAGAAAUCACUUGAUGGCCCAAGUACUUGGGUCCCUGUAAUGCAUGUGGGAGACCAGGAAGGAGUUCCUGACUUCUGGCCUCAGCCUGGCCUAGCCUCAGCCAUUGCAGCCAUUUAGGGGGUUGGGGUGAACCAGCAGAUGUAAGAUCUCUGUCUUUGUCUCUCUCUCUCUCUACCUCUGUCCUUCUCUCUCUUCCUUUCAAAUAAAUAAAGAAAUAAAUCUUUUAAUAAGAGACAUAUUCUUGCAGAGCAAUGGACUUCUUUCUACUUGUUGAACUCUUUGAGUUUUUUUUUCCUGUUUUUGUUUUGUUUUUAAAUUUUAUUUAAGGAAUGCAAAUUUCAUGCAUUUCAUUUAUACAAAUUUAGGAAGAUAGUGAUUCUUCCCACCCAUACUCUGAUGCUUCUUCAUCCUUCCUCUCCUAUUCCCAUUCUUAUUUUUUUACAAAGAUGUAUUUUUAGUUAACUUUAUACUCAUAAGAUUAACUCUACACUAAGUAAAGAGUGAAAAAAAUAGUAUGAAAAAAAAAAAAACUGUCCCACAAACAUCACAAAAAGCCUGUUCAAAAUCAUCAUAUCUCAAAGUGUCAGUAGAGGAGUAUUAAACCUGUUAAUAUAAGGUAAAUUGAAAAUACAUUAUCAUAAAAAUUAAAAGAAUAAAAGAAAGGAGGAAGGGAAGAAGAUAUGGAUAGAGGGAAGAAAUAUUAUAUUCUUAGAAUUAUAUCUAUGAAAUACAUGAAAUCUGUCCUCUUAUUAAUAAAAAAUAACUUAAAAAGACAUAUUGGAAAGGCACUUCAACCAAUUUGAGCUCAAAUUUCCUCUUAAAUAAACUAAGAAUAGGAACAUAUUUCAUGGAGAUAGUUUGCAGUUUACUAAUUGAAUGUAAGUCACCUAGAUUUCUGAUGUACAAUAUAUAUCUCAGGAAGCAAAGUUCCCUCUACUCGCUUCCCUCUGUGUGUCACUCCACUUUGAUAUUCAUCAGCCUAACAUAGAAAGGAGACCUGCUAAGACUUGAUUCUUUCCACCUGGGAAAAUCAAGUAAGUAAUAACUGAUACUGAUUUAAUAUUGUUUUGGGAGACCAUUAUUUGUGGUGGAAUAUAUGUCAAUCACAUUUGGAAACUAUAACACAAAGAAAUAUGAGAACAGAUAUGAACUGAUUUUUCAGUUGGGUUGAGAUCUUUGGAAGAGCUUAGAAGUCAUUUUUUUUUUUUUCUUUCAUUUGAAGUAGCAAACUGUGGUCUUUGGAAGCAUUCACUUUCAAAUUUAAUUGGAAUUAAAAUAUUCUUAAAACAAAAUACUUGAAGUGACUGGAUGUUUACAUGAAUUUUCCCAUUACUUUAAUAGUUGUUUUCUCAGUUAAGUUAUGUUGACAUCAUUGACAUUUAAAAAUAAUUACAACUCUGAUAGAAUUUAAAACAUAUUUUCCCAUUGAUUUGUUUCAUCAAACAUUAGUAAAAUGCUUACAAAAUCUAAGAGACUGCAUUUGGCACUGUGGGAAAUACAAAUUUACCUACUUAAUAAGUAUUUAUACAUUUAUUUUUGGCAUCACAGAUAGAGUGACCAAUAGCAAAGGAGUAGGCUCUGGCCUCACACUGUCCAUGGUCCAGUGGUGACAAGAGUAAAGAGACAAUCUUUCCUAUUGUUGAUCUGUGAAAUGAUGCAAAGUGGGCAAUGAUUUAUUGCUGUGUUUGGGAUUCAUCUUUUGCCACAGCCUACAAGAACUCCCUCCUCCGUUUUCCAAUUCGCUUCUAGUGACGUCACAGUUACUGUAUGAGGUUGCAAAAUUUUGAAAUUGAUAAUUGUUAUAUCAGAGCAUUAUAUCACUUUAUAACAAAGCACCAAAGACUGGUUUUCUCACAACCCCAGAGACUUGAAGUCUGAGAUGAAGGUAUUAGCAGCACUAUUUCUUUUGUAGCUUCUCCUUGUGUCAAAGACAGCUAUUUUCUUUCUGUGUGUUUGCAUAGUCUAGUCUCUGUCCUAAUUUCUUCUUCUUUUCAGGAUACCAGUCAUAUUGGAUCAGGGACUCUCCUAAUAACCUUAAUUUUAACUUAAUUAUAUUUUCAAAGAGCCUGUCUACAAAUAUAGUUACAUUCUGAAGUACUGGGAGUUAGGACUUGAACAUAUGAAUUUGAGGAGACAUAACUCAGUGUAUAACAAUUACCUUCCUGUCUAUCAUAUCAAAUCAGUCUAUCAUUAUUUGAUAUCUUUUUUUUUUUAAUUCUCUUGCCUCUGCUGCUGUAAUCCUGAGCUUAUAAUAACCAGUGUUUUCUUAAAGGAAGCCUCUCUAUUAGAAUUUCCACUUUCAUUUCAUCCUUGGUGUGGUUUGAAUGUGUUCACCAGAAGUUCAUGUAUGAGUAAGUUAAUUGCCAAUAUUACAGUAAAAAGAGGCAGUAAAAACAAUUUCAGAGGCAAUUUUUUUAAAAGAUUGAUUUAUUUAUUGGAAAGGCAGAGUUACAGAGAAGCAAAGAGAAAGAGAGAAAGAGGUCUUCCAUCCACUGGUUCACUUCCCAAAUGGCUGCAACGGCUGGAGCUGGGCCAACCUGAAGCCAGAAGCCAGGAGCCUCCUCUGGGUCUCCCAUAUGCGGGCAGGAGCCCAAGGGCUUGGGCGAUCUUCCAGUGCUUUCCCAGGCUACAGCAGGGAGCUGGAUUGGAAGUGGAGCAGCUGGACCCGAACUGGCUCCUAUAUGAGAUACCAGCACUACUGGCAGUGACUUCACUGCUAUGCUACAGUGCAGGACCCCGCAAUUGUUUCAUGAGGACAGAGCCCCCGUGAAUGGAUCAAUGCCUUUCCCACGGGAGUGAGUUAAUUCAUGGUUACCGCCGAAGAAGAUUGUUAUAAAUUGAAUCUUCUCCUUCUCACUUCACCCUUUGCUCUUCUCCCAUACUGCAAUGCAGCAUGAGACCUCAGAAGAAACCUAGCAGAUUCGGGCACCAUGCUUUUGGUCUUCCCAGCUUUUGGAAUCAUGAGUUAAAACAAACUUCUCUGUUUUGUAAACUGUAAAGUCUCACAUACUCUCUUGCAGCAAUAGCAAACGACAAAGACAAUUCUUCCAGCUACAAUUCUUUCCCAGAAGAUCUUUGUAUAGGCCGGUGCCGUGGCUCACUAGGCUAAUCCUUCGCCUGUGGUGCCGUGCUGGUUCUGUCCUGGUUGCUCCUUUUCCAGUCCAGCUCUCUGCUGUGGCCCAAGAGUGCAGUGGAGGAUGGCCCAAGUGUUUGGGCCCUGCACCUGCAUGGGAGACCAGGAGGAAGCAGCACCUGGCUCCUGGCUUCGGAUUGGCGCAGUGCGCCAGCCGCAACAUGCCGGCCGUAAUGGCCACUUGAGGGGUGAAUCAACAGAAAAAGGAAGACCUUUCUCACUGUCGAACUCUGUCUGUCCAAAAAAAAAAAAAAACAAAACUAUGCAUAAUGUGUGUAUAUGUGUGUAUGUAUUGUUUUUAAAUCAAACCUCCUUCAUCUAUUGCCUAUAGCUAAUGCUCUGAGUAUUGGUAGCAACUAAACUUCAUGUAUGCAAAUUUAUUUCCUGUAAUUCUACAAUGAAUGGUCUCUCUCUUGAACUCUUUGCUUAUGCUUUGUUCUUUUCCAACCAGAUCUUCCUCUUUCAAAUUCAUCUAUGCAAGUCUUAGCUCCUUUUCUGAUUUUACGUAAACAUCAUCCUUUUAUGAAUCCUCUCCUUGAUUUCUCUAAUCUUGUUUCAUUACAUUUCUUCUCCACUUUCACCACACUAUGUACUAUGUAAUUUAAUAUUUAUUUAUAGUGUUGUACUAUAUACUCACUCUUCUUACAGCUUUAUCUUUUCUUCCCCAUUAUAUUUUAUGUAAACAUUAUUUUAAAAAUUUUAGGUUUACAGGAUUACUACAAAGAUACUACAGAAUUGCCAUAUAAUUCAGUGUUUCCUCUGUUAAUGUAUUACUUUAGUGUGUUAUUGUUUUAAUACACGAACAAAUAUUAAUACGGUAUUGUUGAUCGGGGUCCAUCCUUCAUUCUGGUCAUCUUAGUUUUUGGCUGCUGUACUUUUCAUAUUCCAGAUUCUCAUCCAGGACCCACGUUAUGUUUAGUGCAGAUAUUUCCUUGUGCUCCUCUUGGUUGUGACAGUGUCUCAGAUUUCCUUUAUUUUUGAUGGCCUUGACAGUUUUCAAAAUUUCAGUGAGGAAUUCUUUUCCGAAUAAGCCUCAGUGGGGAUGUUUCUGAUGUUUUGCUGUUGAUUACAUUGGGGUUAUGAGUGUUUGGAUAGAAGAACAGAGGUCAGCUGUCAUUUUCAUUACAUCAUGGCACAUCAGAGGUUUACACUAUCAGUGUGCCUCAUCAUACCUGAUGUAACCCUUGAUCACCCUGCUGAACUAGUACACUUCAGGCAUCCAGCAUAAAGUUACUCUUUUUAUUUACUUAUUUAUUUUUACUGUUUUCAUUCUGUUCUAUUUGGAAGGAAGUUAGUAUAAGCAAGCCACACUACAAUUGAGCAGUGGGAAUUUAUGUAGAAUAUCUUCAUCAACUGUAGAAAUAUGGACUCAAGAACAUUUAUUUCAUACUUUGGGUUAUAUAGCCUACUAUGUAUUUUGUUGCUCAAAUUGUUCUAGCUAUGGCCAUAAGAAGUUUAAGUUAGCUCCUAUACCCUUUAAUGUGUCUUCGACAUUGUGUGUAUGUGUGCGUUUUAAGUACCUAGUGUCUGGCACUUCAAAGAUGCUCUAGGUUCAUGGUUGUUUUUUUUUUUUUUUUUUUUUCUGCCCCAGUCCUAGAUUCAGCCAUUUUUCCAAGGAGCACUGAUCCCUUUUAUUGACAAAUUGCAUUAAGAAUCAAGAUCUCAGGGCUCCGUGUGCUCGUUGCUUCUGCAAUGCUGUUGCUUUCUAGGCCAUUUCAGCUAGCAGAAUAAGGAGAUAUGUGUGUUUCCUACUUAUGGUUAUACUCAUAUAAUAUAAAUAUUUCUAAAUGUAAGCACACAUGUAUAUAUGUGUAUAUGAUGUUAAAUAUAAGUUCAUGUGGUGUCUCCAACUCAAUCCGUUACCCCACAGACCCUCUAGCCUCUUCCCCUUACUUUCCUGUAUCCUUCACCUCCAACAAUGAGAAAACUGAUUCCUGUCAUCCACCAUCAAUUUAUUUAAUUGUAAAAUUCCAGUGUACAUGUAUAAAAGCAUUAAAAUUAUUCAUACUCGCACUUUAACCUAUUAAAUGUGAAAUAAUGUAUAAGUGCAAAAUCUUUAGCGUAUUUUAGUAGUAUUAAAGGGACCUAUGGUUUCCAAAAUAAUUAAUAUUUUUAUUGUUUUGAAUCAAAUUUGAAUUUCAUUUGAUAUCCAAAAGACAUGGCAGCUUCUUGUACUGCCAUACCCAUCAAUAUGAAUUCAAAUAGACUGUAUAUAUGGACAAACGUGCCAAUUAUUAGAUAGCUGACUUUGAAUGAAAUACUAGAUAGAUUUUUUUAUUUUGUGAAACAUCUCUAAAUAAAAUGAAAAUAUAAUUAUCGUAUAAAGCAUUAUGCAAGUAGGAGAUUCUUUUUAAAAAAUGUUUAUUUAUUUAUUUGCAAGUCAGAGUUAUAGAAAGAGGGAGAGGGAGAGAGAGAGAUUUUAUGUCUGCUGGUUCACUCUCCAGAUGGCUGCAACAGCCUGGGCUGGACAAGCUGCAGCCAGGAGCCAAGAUCUUCAUUUGGGUCUCCCAUAUGGGUAUGGGGGCUCAAGCACUUGAGCUGUCUUCCACUUUUUUCGCAGGCACAUUAGUAGGGAGCUGGAUCAGAAGUAGAGCAGCUGGGACUCAAGCAGGAUCCCAUAUGGAUUGCCUACACUACAGAUGGCAGCCUAACCCACUGCACCACAGUGCCAGCCCCUGAUGACUUGUAAAAUUAAAGAAUGAUAAUGAAAAUGGAAUAAAAAAUCCUAAAUAAAAUUGUUAGACAAUUUCAGAAGUGCAUUUAGGAAGCCUAAGAAGAUGGGACCUCUCCAUGUUGGGAUACUGAGAAAUAAAAUUAAUAAAAUCAUGAGCCAUGCAAUUGUCAAAGGCAAAUAUAUUUCUGCCUAAAACUGUCAGAAAUUAUAAACUACUUGCAGUUUAAAUGAAAUAAGUGUUGGCCAACUAAGUUUACCUAAUUUUAAGAAGCCAAAUAGUUCCUAACAACCCAUAAGAUGUUGCCAAUAAAAAAUCUGAGAGCAUUCAAAAUGGGUAUGGAAGCACCAAUAAAUGGCAGAAUUUUAUGUGUCACAUGAAAUAGUGAUUGUAUCUGAGUGUGACCCAGGGUAUUACUUCCUAUUUUUUAUUCACAUAUACUCAGAGAUUUUGCCAAAUUUUAAAUUAAAUAAAAUGAAAAGAGUGGUUACAAAUGAUUCUUACAGAUUUUAUUUAUUUAUUUAUUAUUUAUAAUCAAAGCAAUCACAGCUGUUUGAAUUUGAUUUAACAUCCCUCAAUCUAUUUUUCUUUUUUUAAAAAAAUUAUUUAUUUAUUUGAAAGGCAGAGUUACAGAGAGGCAGAGAGAGAGGUCUUCCAUCUGCUGGUUCACUCUCCAAAUGGCUACAAUAGCCAGAACUGGGCCGAUCUGAAGCCAGGAGCCAGGUGCCAGGAGCUUCUUCGUGGUCUUGCACAGGGGUGCAGGAGCCCAAAACUUGGGCCAACUUGUACUGCUUUCCCAGGCCAGAGGAGGGAGCUGGAUCAGAAGUGGAGCAGCUGGGUCUUGAACUGGCGUCCAUAUGGGAUGCCAGCCCUCCAGGUGGUGGCUUUACCCACUGUGCCACAGUGUCAAUCCCAAUCUAUUUUUCAACAUGAGAAAAGCUGUCAAAUUGUAUAGGCACAAAUACCACUGGCAAUACUUUAAGGCUUUAAGCCCAGAAAAUAAUGUUGCCACAUCAAAAAUAUCCAUUUGAAAAGCUUACCUUCAGAUUUCCUAGAAACUAAGUGAAAUUAGAGAGUUUACACACACACACACACACACACACACACAUAUGAUAAAAAGCACAAAAGAUACCAAGAAUGAAGAAGGAAACCAAAACUUUUAAAAGCUAUUGAGAAACUUAACUGCUGUGUUGUUGAUGCUAGUCAAUAUUAUAAGAAGAGAACCACUGCUUGUAACAUUAACAUUGGCUAGCUUCUCUGGUGUUGAUUAAACCAUAAGCGGAGUUGAAUAUAAGCAAUACAUUUGAAAGAUAAAUAAAUUAUUCUUUUAGGAUCCUCACAUGACAUUUUGAACAAAUACAUACAAAAAUAUGCUCAAUUCUGAUUUUGUGGAAAGUAGCUAACUUGUUAUCUCUGUGCAUGCUAGACAACUGAGUCAGACAGAAUUCUAUUUUAUCUUGCCAACCAGCAUUUCCAUUUUGAUCAUAAACCAGUAGCUGUCAGCUUUAUUUAGAUAAGAUGCUUAAGUAUAAUUUAGUACAAAUUGUUUAAAGUAGAAAUGAUGUUAUUAGGCAUCUUGAGCAAUCCUAAAAGAAAAGAAAAUUUGUUAUGACUACCUAAUUGAUUUUAAACCAAUUAAUUUAUUACAUUUUUAUAAAACAUCAGAUUUUGUAGAUUACUAAUCUGUGUGAAAUCAAAUAUAAAGGUUUUCUCAAAUUGUAAAAUCUAGAUCACAACCCAGUGAUGUGCUGUAAUAUCCCCACAUACAGUCUGGAGCAUAUAUAAAUAAAGAUAAUGAAAAAUAAUAAUAAAACAUCUUCAUGGAGAUGGCUUGCUAGUACUGCAGAUUUGAAACACAAAACUUCAUCUUCUGAUGUUUCUGGCACAUUACUAUUUCUUCUAUGUGCACCUCCUGUGAUUUGAUACAGUGAGCUGACAAAAGCUCUGUUUUAGGCUAGGAGCCACGAACUUUAUCUCCAGGCUGAUCAGUGCCCCAAAUGAGUCGGUGAUGGUGCCAUGGUUAAAACUGGUAGCUUUGAAGCCUCAGCCACCUGGAUGCAAAUCUCACAUUUAAUUCAGAAGUGUGGUCACCUGCAUUCAGGGUCUGUGUUAUCCAUAGCAGUGCUGCUGCUGGUGAAGUCAUAGACUGGUGCAGACUCUGAACUUGGUCAAUGUUGGCCUGUCAUGAGAUAAGCAUAUACUGUGUGUUUGGAAACCUUUAUAGAAACAUGACAAGGUAAUUUCAUGUCUAAUGAAUCAAACCAAUAUCAGGGCAUAUAUUUUUGUGCUUGUUUUUUUCUUUUGUAAUACAUGUUUCUAGCCAUUUGUUAUGUUGUUUUACAAUGAUAAUUUUUCAAAAUGGAUUGGAAUUAAGGAAUAUUGGUCCCUUGCCAUAAAGAGCUUGAGAAAUACUGAUCUAGAGUAGUACUAAGGCAAUGUUUUAAGUUCCUUAAUGGUAAAAGAGCACAAAAAACAAGGCAGGACAAUAAUUUUAUUUCAUUCAAGUGACAACACUUGAGGAGGUCUAUUGUGUAUUGUACUCUGUAUCAAGUUCUUUCUCUGUGUACUUGCCUAUGUGGUUUCUUAGUAGUUAUCAGACCUGUAGCAGGUCUGACCCUGGUAUGACCUGUCUUUUGGAGGGAUAAGUAGCAAACAAAGUUUUACAAAAGUAGGCAGCUUGAGAGUUUUGUCUUCUUUUUAGAAAAGUAUUGCCUUACCUCAGGAUGAGAACUGAUGGCUUAAUGAAAGCUUCUCAGACUUGAGUGUGCUUGUGAGUCACCUAGAGUUGUGAUUCCCAUCUGACUGCCUGGUCUAGGGUGGGGUCUGGGUUUCUCAUAAGCUCCUUCCUGUGCGUGUUCUGCAGAUUUAUAAGCCGUGUUGAAGGAAGUGAGGAUUUACCACAUUGUUUGUCAGGUACACGCUCCCAAACUAGUGCCAGACAGCAGGCCUGACCCUGACACAGAUUCUUCUUGAAUCUGUUCUGUAGCUCUCCCCAAGACAGAGGAGAUGCUUUUAUCCUGUUUGGCCUCAUACUCAACCGUGGUAUUUCUUGAAUGGCCUACAUAUGAGCAGAAACGAAGGUCUCCAGUGUAAACUGUAUUUAAUGCUAAAUCAUUUUUUAAAAUCCUGACUUACAUUUACAAAAGAGCAGGCUGAUUGGUCCGACGCUACCACCACUCCUUAUUGUUCUGUAAUCCUCAUAACAAUAUGUGCCUGAAGGUAGUAACCCAUAGUCAGUGGAUUUCUUUUUGCCAUGGAUUAGUUUCAUGGUCUGUACAGUAGUUUUCAAAAUUGAGUUCUGUGGCAAGUAAGUAGAGAGUAGAGAGUUGGUGUAGAGAGUUUGGGAGUGGUAGACUUGUGCAUUGUGUUUUUUUCCUCAGACUUAAGUCCCAUCUACAUAUGUGUGGUGUAGCCAAGAACAUAGGUCCUUGAAUCAUUUACAAAUUAAGGAAGGAAGGAAGAUUUCAUAGCCAUAAUUAUGAAACAAGUGUCUGGUUUAAUAAACUUACAAAUUUUAAUGCAAUAGUGAGAUAUUCAUUGUCCAGGUUUUUAUUUUUGUCUAUAAAAUUGAAAAAUUGCUGUUAGCACUGUACCAUUCAUUCACCAAGGACACAUACUUUCUUUUCUUGUAUGACUCAGUUCUCUAUUUUUUGUAUAGUCACAAUUAUCUAAACACUUGAGUAAUUCGAGCUGAUAUGUGAGUAGAAAUGGUUAUUAAUAUUUGUGAUUCUUAGAUUUGUAAUAUCAACAUGCUUAGAAAUCUCAGUUUUAAUAUUAUUCAAGGAGUUUGUAUGAAUAAUUAAAUGAACAAUAAGUAACUAUCCAGCAUCUCUAUAUUGUCCCUCUGGUCUUUGCUUGUAAUCCUAUCUGUCUCAAAAAGAUAAUAUUCUGAAUAAGAAUUUUCUCCUUGACUUAGAAUAAUUUUCAAUCUCAUUAUCCUAAUAUUACAUUUGGAUCCUUGGAUAUUAAAAUUAAAAAAGGAUGAUUCAUGCCAUAUGUACAAAGGCUUCCUUUCGUGAUGCUGAGGAAAGUGGGUGAGUAAAUGAAAAAAAUUAACAAAUAAAACUGAAUUUGCCACUUGUUCAUUUGGUGAAUUUUUUUAUUUAUUUGAUAGGUAGAGUUACAGAGAGAGAGAGACAGACAGACAGAGACAGAGACAGAGAGAAAGGUCUUCCUUCCAUUGGUUCACUCCCCAAAUGGCCGCCACGGCCAGAACUGCGUCUGUCCGAAACCAGGAGCCAGGUGCUUCUUCCUGGUCUCCCACGCAGGUGCAGGGGCCCAAGCACUUGGGCCAUCCUCCACUGCCCCACCGGGACAGUGGGGGACUAGAGGAACAACCGGGACUAGAACCCAGUGCCCAUAUGGGAUGCCAGUGCCGCAGGCAGAGGAUUAACCAAGUGAGCCACAGCGCCGGCUCCUUGGCGAAUGUUGACUGAACACCUACUAUGUACUAAGCCAAAAGAAUAUGUGAAAGAACAGAGCAGUGACCUGGACCUGUCUUUAAAGAGUUCAUAGACCAAAAUAAAUAAAUAAAUAAUGAAAUACAUAAAAAAGCUUUUUAGUUAGAGUACAUUGUAAAGACCAACAGAAUGGACUCAAAUUCUGAGAAUAAAGACAAUAAAGAGGAGUGUCGCUCCCCCUCUUCGUGGAGGAACGACACAGGACCCUGCGCUGUUCUUUUGUCUGCUUGGCCCUCCCCGGGUUUGCUGCUGGUUCUUCCUGGGUUGGCUACCGUCCCUCCACCUCCGUGGAGGGGCGGGCCCCCUGCCACUUUCCCCACUUCCGCAGGGGAGCGGCACACUGCCGGCCGGCUCUCUCGGGGGCUGCUCAGAUGUUCCCCUUAGAUGUUCCUGGUGCAUGUUGUCUCUCUCCUCCUCCAUAGUCCUCCCCCACCAAUCCCAACUCUGCUACCCACACGCCGAGUACGCUGCUCUCCUCCAAUCAGGAGCAGCUCCUGCAGCUUGUCAAGUUGGUGAAAGGCAGCUGUGUAGAAGCUGUUUACUCCUCUCCCAGCGCCAUAUUGUGGGAGAGCAGAUGCAUAGAAUAAGUCUUAAUUCCAGUAACUUAGUCUAGUCUGAGUUGCUCCCCACAAGGAGGAGCACAGAGUAGGGAUUUGUUGUUGGGAUGGGGCAGGGGGUGGGAUGUGAUACUGGUCUGUCAGUCUACUUAAAGGAGUAGACUUAUCAUUUGCAUCUUAACCACAAGGUGUAGCCAGGCAAAAGAGGGAGGGGCAAGCUUUCCAGUUGGAGGAUAUCAUAAUGCAGGAGAAUGAGAGGGAAUACUGUGUUCAGGGCACUGUAAAAGGGAAUUCAGAUUGUUCUGUGGUAUAUGAAGCAUAAUUGUUAAAGGGAUGGGAUAAGUGAAAUUAGACUUCAAAUAAUGAAGUCCUUAUAUUCUGUGCUAAGAAGCUAACACUGGGGAGACUCUAAUGGGUGAUACGGCAAAUUUUACAUUUUAGAAAAAUUUCUCAGCCAGCCUGGUGGGGAAUGAUCACCACAAAGAAAGGUUACAAACAGGAAGAUUAGUUUGGGAAGUUAUUUUUUUUGUCAGCCAGGAUAGAAAAGAUAAGUGCCUGACCUACAGUAGUGAGAUUGAGUAGGUGAAUUUGAAAGCUUAUUAAGUGACAAGAGUAUGAUUUGGUGAUUUGUAGAAAUGAUGUGUGAUGGAAAGAGAGAUGUGUAGGUGCUUCCUAGUUUCUACUUGGAAGUCUGGAUAGUUGAUAGAGGCUAUACUGUACCAUUUAUUUUUCUUUCUUUUCUUUCUUUUUUUUGUGUUUCAUGGGAAGGUAAGAAUCUCAUCACCAUUGAUCAGCAUUGAUUCCCAGUACCUAGCACAGUGUCUAUAGAGUAGAUUCUCUUUAAGGAUAUAUUUUUAAAUACUUAAGAAUAUUUAUCUAUUUGGUAGGUAGAUGCACACAGAGAAGGAAAGAGAAAAAGAAGGACAGGGAGGGGUACAGCGAGAGCUCCUAUCCACUGAUGCCUGUUAACCAGCACUGGGCCAGUUCAAAAUCAGAAGCCAGGAAUUCAAUCCAGGUCUCCCAUGUGUGUGGUAGGAACCCAAUUGCAUGAAUGUUUGCUGCCAUCUACCAGGGUCUUCACUAGCAAGAAUUUGAAACCAGGACCUGCAGUUAGGAAUUAAACCCAAAUACUCCAAUGUGACUCCUGGGUAUGUUAACCAGUGUCUUAGUUGCUAGGCUGAGAGCUCACCUCUGUAAAUAUAUUUUGAAUGAAUGGCAAUAUUACUAUUCACAAAAAAGGAAUAUAGGAACAAGAGUACAUUUGGAUAGGAAGAUGAAGGAUCAGAUUAUGGACAUCAUGAAUUUGAUGCAUUAUUAGAUCAACUAGUUGGAAAAUAUUCAGGAAGUCGUUGGUCACUUGGAUACAAGGACCUAUUUGCCUUGUUUAUUAAAUGAGAAUCAAUUCUUUUUUUUAAUCCAUCAGAGCAGUGUUACACAGAUCUUUAAAUGUGUGUUUACUUGAAUCCUGGUUAGCAGCAAUAUUCAAAUAGUAUUGCAGAUAUGACUUUCUUAACUAGUUUGUACAUGAAAAUAGAUAUUGCCUUAGAUUUUUUAAAGUCUGCAACUUGGAGAAAACAUGAGAAAAAAUGAGAAGCAGCUCUGGUAGUGGAAAGAAUAUUGAUUUUUGAAGUAUAUCUCUAAGUUUUAGCUUUGUUGUUAACUAGAUUUUAGUAGGCAAGAGUGUAAAAUUUUUGUAGGCCUACAUUUUUUUCAAUAUGAGCCUACAUUUCUUCAAUAUGAAAACCAGUCAGUGAGAUUUGAUGAUAUGCAAAGUUUUAAAUUUGUAACCCUAAGACAUUCUGUAUAUUUACAUUGUUUAAAAACAUCUUGGCAAUUAUGAAUUUUGGUGAAUGGGGAAGGAUAUACACUUGAUUUUUUAAAUUUAUUUUUGACUGAGUGAUCGUGAUGCUUCAACUGUUAAUGAAAAUGACAUAGGGGCCAGCACCGCGGCUCACUAGGCUAAUCUUCCACCUUGCGGCACUGGCACACCAGAUUCUAGUCCCGGUCGGGGCGCCGGAUUCUGUCCCGGUUGCCCCUCUUCCAGGCCAGCUCUCUGCUGUGGCCAGGGAGUGCAGUAGAGGAUGGCCCAAGUCCUUGGGCCCUGCACCUGCAUGGGAGACCAGGAUAAGCACCUGGCUCUUGCCUUCGGAUCAGCGCGGUGCGCUGGCUGUGGCAGCCAUUGGAGGGUGAACCAACGGCAAAGGAAGACCUUUCACUCUGUCUCUCUCUCUCACUGUCCACUGUCCACUUUGCCUGUCAAAAAAAUUUUAAAAAAAUAAAAAUAAAAAAGAAAAUGACAUGGGACUGAGAAUUACAUCACAAGCUUCUGGCCUCAGCUCUGUUAGUAACUAGCUGUGUAUUUUUAGACAAGUUAGACCCCUCCUAGGGACUAUUACCCUAGAAGUGCUUUUCAUCUCUAGUUUUCUCUGAUGUUACAGGAAGUAUCUAUGUUUUGUUUAUCCUGUCAUGUAUGGGGAAACCACCACACUGUCUUGUAAAGUCACAUGCUAUACACUCUCUUAAGAUGCCCUGUAAUCUACCAAAAACACCUAGUGAAAAUAUUUAGGUUGUCCAACAGAAAUAUCCGUGCUAGAUUGAUUCUUCUAGCUCCAGGUCUCUUUCUCUCCUAGUUCCUUGACAUUCUACCUAUAGCUUUGUAAUUAUUCCUUUUGUAAAUAAAAUAGUCUCACGUACACUAAUUUAAGUAUGAUAUUAGUUUCUUCUGACAAUCUUGUUUGAUACACCCUCUUAUAAAACUUACUUUUUAAAUAUUUACUUAUUUAUUUGAAGGGUAGAUUGACAGAGAGAGAGAGACAGACAGACAGACAGACAAAGAGAUCUUCCAUCUACUGGUUCACUUCCCCACAAGAUACAACAGCUAGAGUUGGGCUAGGCCAAAACCAGGAGACAGGAGCCCUGUCUGAGUCUCACAUGGGUGGUUUGGUCCCAGAGACUUGGAUCAUCUUGUGCUGUUUUCUCCAAGCUCAGCAGCAAGGAGCUGGAUUGGAAAUGGAGCAGCUGGGACUUGAUCCAGCACUGCAAUGAGGAAUUUCAGCAUUGUAAACAGUGUCUUAACCAUCAGUGCCACAACUCUGACCUCCAAAACAUAUUUUUUUAAAGAUUUAUUUUAUUUAUUUGAAAUAGUUACAGAGAAAGGCAGAGACAGAGAGAGAGAGGUCUUCCAUCUGCUGGUUCACUCCCCAGAUGGCCACGACGGCUGGAGUUAUGCCAGUUAGGAGCCAGGAGCUUCUUUCUGGUCUCCCAUGUGGGUGCAGGGGCCCGAGGAGUUGGACCAUCUUCUACUGUUAUCCCAGGCAGAGAGCUGGAUCAGAAGAGGAGCAGCCAGGACUAGAACUGGCGUCCAUAUGGGAUGCGGGCGCUUCAGGCCAGGGCUUUAACCCACAGCACUGGCCCUAAAACUUAUUUUUGACUUAAGUAAAUUUAAAGAUUUAGCUCAUUUAAAAGCAUUCUAGUUUUAAGUAUCUGUUUUUCUGUAACAUGAGUAACAUUUGUCCAUUUUUUGAAUAUGAACACCUUGAGAAAUACUGUUAAGAUUACAACUAAGAUUUUGCCCUCUUCUUGACUCUUCAUGAGCCUGAUAGAUAAAAGGGUGAUCUAGUAAGGAAAAUUAAGAUAAUUUUAGUAUGGUAUGCAUGCACAACAGAAAAUCCUAUGGUAUAACUGCUGCUUUUAUGGUAGCUAUAGCUCCUGACUCAGUGAUAACAUUCCUCUGCAUGUUAAAGGAAUCUAGAUUCCUUUUCUUAUACCUUCACUGAAUAUUGGUGUUUAUUGAUAUGUAAUGAAACCUACUGUUACUUAACACAUUCCGAUCAUAUAUUCUUUGUGCAUAAAAAUAUAUAAUUUUUAAAAAUUUUUUGUCAGGCGGAGUUAGAGAGAGAGACAGAGAGUUAUAGACAGUGAGAGAGAGACAGAGAGAAAGGUCUUCCUUGUGUUACUUCACUCCCCUAAUGGCUGCUAUGGCUGGCACUGUGCCAAUCUGAAGCCAGGAGCCGGGUACUUCCUCCCAGUCUCCCAUGUGGGUGCAGGGACCCAAGCACUUGGGCCAUCCUCCUCUGCCAUCCCGGGCCACAGCAGAGAGCUGGACUGGAAGAGGAGCAACCGGGACUGGUACCCGGCACCCCAACUGGAAUUAGAACCCAGGGUGCUGGCGCCGCAGGCAGAGGAUUAGCCAAGUGAGCCAUGGCGUCAGCCAAAAUAUAUAAAAUUUUAAGGACCAAAUCUUUGGCAUAGCAGAUGUAGCCACUACCUGCAAUACCUGCAUCCCAUAUGGGCACUGGUUCAAAUCCCAGCCGUUCCAUUUUUGAUCCAGCUCUCUAUUGAUGUGCAUGGGAAAGCAGUAGAAGGCGGUGCAAGUACUUGGGCCCCUCCUACUCAUGUUGGAGACCUGGAAGGAGCUUCUGGCUCCUGGCUUUGUCCUGGCCCAGCCCAGUCUGUUGCAGCCAUUUGGGGAGUGAACCAGUGAAUGGAAGAUGUUUUUCUUUAUCUCUCUAACUCUGCUUUUCAAAUAAAUAAAAAUAAAUAAAUAAUAUAUAAUAUGUAUUUUAAUUAAUUUUAUUACUUAUGUUAUAUUCAUACUUUCACUCUUUCCCGUUGUAACUUUAAUCUAUAAAUUAUUUAUUUUAACUUUUAUUUAUUAUAUUUGAGACAGAGAAAAAGAGAGACAGAAAUCCCAGUCUACUUGUUCACUCCCAAAAUGUCCACAAUGGCUACAAAUGGACUGGGGCCAAAACCAGGAGCCUGAAACUCAGAACAGAACAGAUCUCCCAUGUGAGUGUGGGAACCAUCACUGCUGCCUCCGAGUCUGCAAUAUCAGGAAAUUAGAGUACUGAGCCAGAGCUAGGAGUUGAAGCAUCACACUCAUGUGAGACCUGAGUGUCUAAACUGCUAGGCUAAAUGCCCAGCUCCUGGUAAAUAUAUAUUAAAUAAACAAGUUUAAAUAGACACUGGGAGACCAGGUAUUAGAGUCAGUUAUUUUGAAAUUUGGUGAGCAGUGCUUAGAGCUCUAAGUGGGAAAAAGGAGAAAUUCUUGGGGAUGUGUGGAGAGGUUGGACACACCACGAUCCAUCAGUGUCUUCCCCCUUCCCCCAGCCAGAGCUACAGCUGAAAGGGAGAAGCCAUAUCGAUUGCUUACAUUUUCGAGUAUAGGCAGCAGGCUGCCCAUGUUGUCUCCCGUGCACAAACCCAUCAAUUGCAGGGGCCACCUCACAACAUGCCCCAAGGAUCAUAACAAUUCAGAGUGAUUUCCCCACCACCACAUAAGUUGUACAACAACGAGUAAUACUAAGGAACAAGUGAGCAGGGAGCCCAGCCCCCAGUAGGCGGGGCUUAGUGCACCAAAGCCCUGGUACCCACCUCCAUCAGGACCCAGAAAAAAAACAAAGCUCCAGGAGGUGGAGCUUUGUGCUUCCACUUGCAACAGGCACAGACACACAGUAGCUCGUAGCAUAGGGAAAUAAUUUGAAAAUAAAACCAACCAGAAACCCAACAGAAAUGCUGAAGAACAAAGGAAAAAUCCUGAAUCAGGAUAAGGAAGAAUUUAUGAACUUGCCAAUGGAGCAAUCUAAAUCUUCAAUAAUGGAGUCUGAAGAAGAAACAAUUGAGAAUAUACCAGAAAGGGAAUUCAAAAAAUUAAUAAUCAGAUUACUUAAUAGCAAUUAGGAACAGAUUCAAGAUUGGAAAUGAAAAGCACUCCCAAGAAAUUGAGAUUUUUAAAGAGAAGCCAAAAUGAAAUACUGUAAAUAAAAAGUUCAAAUGAACAGAUUGAAAAUACAGUGGGAUCUCUUUGAACAGAUGGGGCCAGCACUGUGGUACAGUGGGUUAAAGCUGUGGCCUGUAGCACCAGCAUCCCAUAUGGGUGCCAGUUCGAGUCCUGGCUGUUUCACUUCCAAUCCAGCUCUCUGCUAUCGCCUGGGAAAGCAGUAGAAGAUGGCCCAACUCCUUGGGCCCCUGCACCCGAGUUGGAGACCCGGAAGAAGCUCCUGUCUCUUGAUUUUGGAUCAGCUCAGCUCUGGCCAUUGCAGUCAUUUGGAGAGUGAACCAGCAGAUGGAAGACCUCUCUCUCUGGCUCUACCUCACUCUAUAACUCUUUCAAAUAAAUAAAAUAAAUCUUUAAAAAAAAAGAAAAGAGAAAAAAGAAAUAGAACAGGUGAAAUAGAAGAAUGAAUAUUAGAACCAGAAGAUAAACUCCCAGAAAUAAUAGACCAAACACAAGAAGAAGAAAUUAGAAAAUUAAAAAAAAUCAUGGUUGGAGAUUUACAAGAUUCUAUCAAGCGAUCCAAUGUAUGGAUCAUAAGAGUUCUGGAAGGUGUGGAAAGAGAGAAUGGAUUAGAAGGUCUUCUUAAUGAAAUUAUUUCAGAAAACUUCCACAAUAGGCAGAUUGAGAGAAGCAUCCAAGUAUAAGGAAUACACAGAACUCCCAAUAGACAUGACCAGAAAAGGAAUUCACCAUACCACAUUGUGGCAACAAUCAACUCAGUGAAACACAAAGAAGUCAGAGAGACAGUGGCAAGAUGUAUUCCAAGUCAUAAGAGAAAAAAACUGUCAACCCUGAAAACUGUACCCUGCAAAACUCUCAUUUAUGAAUGAAGGAAAAAUAAGGAUUUUCUACGACAAACAGAAAGAAUUUGUGUCUUCACACCCAGCCCUACAAUACUGGAUCAAGGAUAUGCUACACACAGAAACACAGAAAGAGGAAUUAACUACAAAAGAAGAUGAACGUAGAAAAUGAGCCAGCAAAAGUACAAAUGAAAUUCAAAAUACAUAAACAGGUCUAUUUAAGGAAACAUGGCAGGGAAAAGACCGUAUUUAACAAUAGUCACACUGAAUGCAAAUGGUCUCAACUCCCCAGUUAAAAGACACAGAAUGGCUGAUACUAAAAAAGAAAACCCAUCUAUCUGCUACCUACAAGAAACACAUCUUUCCAACAAAGACUCACACAGACUGAACGUGAAAGGAUGGAAAAAGAUAUUCCAUGCUAACAGAAACCAAAAAAUAUGGCCAUCCUAAUAUCAGACAAAAUAGACUCACACUAUUAAAGGAGAUAAAGAAAGACACUAAAUAAUGAUUAAAGGAUCAAUUCAACAGGAAGAUGUGACUAUUAUAAAUAUAUAUGUACCUAAUUACAGAGUACCUGGCUAUUUAAAGAAUUACUAAGGGAUUUAAAGGGAGAUAUAAACUCAAAUACAAUAGGAACAGGGGACUUCAAUACCCUACUUUCAGCAAUGGACAGAUCAGCAAGACAGAAAAUCAACAUGGAAACAACAGAGUUAAUUGACACGAUAGACCAGAUAGGCCUAGCAGAUAUCUACAAGGCCUUCUGCUCCACAGCAAAAGCAUAACAUUUUUCUCCCCAGUGCAUGGAACUUUCUUUAGGAUUGUCUAUAAGCUAGACCGUAAAGGGAGUCUCAGCAAAUUCAAAAGAAUUGGAAUCAUACCAUGUAUCUUCUUAGACCACAAUGCAGUGAAGCUGGAAAUCAGCAACUCAAGAAUCUCUACAUCAUAUGCAAUCACAUGGAGAAUGAACAAGAUGUUUCUGAAUAAAAAAUGGAUCAUAGAAAGGAGGAGAGAACUUGCACUUUGCUUAUGGCCAUGUCCAAAUACUGAUGGGGUCUGGGGUCACAAAAGGCUCCCAUAACCUUGGAAGCCCUUUGGCAAGGGCCUUGGGUAAUCACUGACGUCAUAAAUAAGAGUGUUAAUUGUUAAAGGAACAACAGAAGUCACUGUGUACUUACUCCCCACAUAUGACCUCUGCCCUUAAUGAGUUGUACUAUGAGAAUUAACUGCAAAACUUUUUCUCAAACUGUAUUUAUUUGUUGUGUGUGUGUGUGUGUGUGUAUGCAAACUGUUAAAAUCUAUACUUAACAUAGAGUUGGUCUUCUGUAUAUAAAAUUAAACAAAAAUGAACCAUAAUGAAGGGGAUGGGUG